GGGAACUGCUGGCAGUGCACAUGGCUGGCCAGAUAGAGACCUAUCAGCCUGCAGUGCAUGGGAGCUGAACAAGUUAUCACAAGAACAGCUGGAGACAAAAUCAGGAUGUGACAUCACUGGCAGGAAAAAAGGCAGUUUGUUUAAUGCAAACUUCACACAGCAUUGCUGUGAGUGUCCCAUGCUUAAAGCUGGGAGGGUUCUCUGGCUUUAAACCCCAGAUCAGCUUCACAAGCAGACAUUGUCUCAGGAUUCAUAUGGUGCUGCCAGUCUGACACACUCAGCUUCUUCUAACAAGGUGAGUCCUUUAAUUACUGUAAAAUAAUCCUGGCAUGCAGACAGAGCAAGGGGACUGCAUCAGGAGGGGUUACAGUACUAGCUAUUGCUGGGAGUCUAUGGGAGGCCAGCUUGGAAUCUCAGACACUGGAAUUGGUUACUGUGCAAUGGACAUUUUAUAAAGUAAAAUAUAUUAAAAAAUCUAAUCCAGUGAUGGCUAAACUUGGCACCCUAAAUGUGUGUGGAUUAUAGUCCCAUGAUGCUGAACUAAUCCUAAGCAUUUGCAGACUCCUGGGGCCCCCACUUGUUAUUCUGAUGGUGAGCUCAGAGUAGUAGGAGUUGACUUUCCUAAAUGUUCAUUGAACAAUCUGCUGGCUGGGCGUUUGGAUGAAUGUAGCUCACAUUUAGAGUGCUAAAUUCAACCAUCACUACUUAAUCUGAUGCUGAGAUAAGGGUAGCAGGAGCUGAUCACUAAUAUUGCUAAAUAUUCUGAAAUAAACUGCUGGUGUCCUCUUAGCUUUGUUUUUAUUUGGACCCCACGGCUUGUAGUGGUAAGUGUUUGUGAGGUUUAAUACAUGUCUGUGUGCAUUACUCAUGAACUUUCUAAACUAACUCCCAAGAGGCCCUGGAGAGUAUUAACCCUUAAACAGUUCAUCAUAUACAUUGUAUACAGGUAAAGGGGUUCUGGCGUGCUAUGAUUUGAAGAUGUUCUGGGAUUAUAUGAAUUUCAGGAGAUAAUUAGUCUGCAAGGUAUUUAUAAAGAGAAUUCAAUUCUUGUAGUAGUGUCAGACAUUAUCCAGUGCAAGCGGAGCUAUAGAGCAUGACCUUGUGACACUUCGACACACCAGGAUCUGGUAAACGUAGUCUGAUGCCCCGAAUAUUUGUCCUGUUACCCUGACACACAACCCAAUGAUAUAGGAUUCUGGCAUGCACCCAUAAAGCUCAUGAAGCUGAGAUUCUAAGCAAUGCCAGGUGAGUCUAUAAGACACUGGCCAAUGCCACAUGAGAUUUGUAUCAGUGCCCUGAAACCCUGGCCAUGUGUCUCGACUUCCUGAUAAUCAGGUUGUGUAUCCCAAUAAAGUGUCUAUUCACCUAGAAAUGAGAAAAUUGCCAACGGUUGGAGUUCCCCUAACAUCUGUUGUAUAACCUGAUACCAUGGGUAUUUCUCAUGGACCCCUCAUACAAUGAGCCCUCUGGCCAUAUACCCCAACACAAAUUGACGUAAAGCAGGCUGGUAUCCUAAUAUGACCCUGACACCCCAACAAUCCUGCCUUUUCCCCCCCCUCCUUUACAUUGAAAACCCAACAUGCAAUAUAUUGAGCCCCAAUCUCUUAUGCGUUUUGUACUCUGUCCAUGAUAUUAAUUUUACAUUACAUUUUUUUCCUAUUUUAUAUUGAACGGAUGCCACGAAACCUCUCUCCCUUUCAGCGGGCCUGGGUUUAAUAAAUGUGUUCAGUUUAUUUAAAAAAAAAAAAGAAGCUUUUGUAUGUAUAUAUAUACUCCAUUACAAGACAUUCCUUCGUUGAAGGGGUUAAUGUGCUAAAUUGUAACUUUUGCUGAAUUGCCUAAGGAAUGUCCAAGUUUAGGUGCAAAUUGCUUAACUGGAAAGAAUGUCUUUAUUUCGUUGAGUUGAACAUUUUUCAAUUCUUCUCUUUUGGCCUCAGUUAUGCAUUCCAUAAGCUCUCUUCGUAUUGAAUAAAGGCCAAAAUCUGUUUUCAGAUCCCCAUCAUAGCAUUUAUUAAUGACUUAAAGUACAACUGUCCCCUCAACGCUAUUAUUAAUAUUAUUUUUUAAUGUAAUAAUCCUUUCAUCAAGUUUCAAAAGGAAAUUUAUUCUUUGUUCAAUUCAGUAUAUGUUGAAAAAAAUAAAACUGAAAAAUCCUUAGUACCAGACAGGAUCUUUCAGCCCAUACACCUUGGGUCAGACAGUGUGUAAAACCAGAUAGUUAGUCUCUAUGGUCUUCCCUGCUUCACUCCGUGUCCGUGCAGUGACAUCAUCGACCAUAUAACUGUCUGACCCAAGGUGCAUGUAUAUGGCUGAAGAAUUCUGUCAUAGAUUGUUGGUGAAAUGAAGUAUGUUAAACAAUGAAGAAAACUCAUCCCUACCUUUUAGUAUAUUUCCUUCCAAAACCUGAAAGGAUUAUUUUAGAAAAUAAAGAUGAUGUGGCUGUUGUCCUUUUAAAGGGACACUUUAGUGUUCGGAAUGCAAAGAUGUAUUCCUAACACUGACAUGUUCUCCUGCGCCCCCCCACCAGCAUUGUAAUGGGUUAAAUUACACUUUUUUCACUUACAACCCAAUUCCGCUGAUGUCCCUUGGUGAUGGGUUGUGUUCCACCAUUUCUUACAUUAAACAAUGGGGGGGGACACAUAAUAUGCAUGUGCAGCAACUUCUGUGUGAACGUUAGACCUUCUCCAUAGGCAAGCAUUGCCUCAAUGCUUUCCAUCGGGUUUUCCUUGACAUUGGAUGUCCUCAUGCAGAGUGUGAGGAUGUCCAGUGUCAUCUCAUAAAGUGAAACUCCAGGGAGUUCCUCUAGUGGCUAUCUGGUAGACAGCCACUAGAGGCAGUAUUAGUAAUGCAAUGUUAACCCCUUAACGCCGUCACGGCGUUCUAUGCUGUCCCGCAUUAAAUGGGCUUUAAAGUCGUUGCGGCGGCAUAGAACGCCGUAACAGCUUGCAGCCCCAGGAGCUCGGAGGUACUUACCUCUGCAGCGAUCCUCUUCUGGAGGCAGCCCUCCCCGGCAAAUGAGGCCCCCAGGGGAGAGCGAUCACAUGGCCCACUAUAGCUGGCUGUGGAUCUGUCAGCAGGGGUACUGUCUGAAAUGUCAGACAGUCCCCCUGCUGGUGGGAAAUGUAAAAAAUAAAACAUGUUUUAAAAUAAAUUAAAUGUGUGUGUGUGUGUGUGUGUGUGUGUGUAAUAAAUAAAUAAAUAUAUAUAUAUAUAUAUGUAUGUGUAACGUCAUACGUAAUGUGUGUGUGUGUGUGUAUGUAUAUGUGUAUGUGUGUGUGUAUAUAUAUAUAUAUAUAUAUAUAUAUAUAUAUAUAUAUAUAUAUAUAUAUAUAUAUAUAUACACACACGUAUAAUUAGAAUAAAUAAAAUAUUUAAAAAAAUUAAAUUUUAUAUAUAUGUAUAUUUAAGUAAUAUUUUAACAUAAUUAUGUGACAUAAUUAUUUUUUUUGGCAGUAAAAGCUAACAGUAUUAUGACAUUUACAGCUAAAAUGCGAGGUGGAACUACAAAUUUUUAAAAAAAAAUUUAAAAAAAUUUCUCACAGUUUUUUUAUUUUAUUCAUAGUAAAUUAUGUUUCAUAUAUAAAUAUUUAAUAGGAAAUGAAAGCCCUGUUUCUCAUGAACAAAUUGAUAUAUAAUAAGUGUCGGUACAUAUAACAUGAAAGAGGUGAAUUUCAGUAAAAGCUAACAGUAUUAUGACAUUUACAGCUAAAAUGCGAGGUGGAACUACAAAUUUUUUUAAAAUUUUUUUUAAAAAUUUCUCACAGUUUUUUUUUUAUUUUAUUCAUAGUAAAUUAUGUUUCAUAUAUAAAUAUUUAAUAGGAAAUGAAAGCCCUGUUUCUCAUGAACAAAUUGAUAUAUAAUAAGUGUCGGUACAUAUAACAUGAAAGAGGUGAAUUUCAGUUGAACAGACAUAUAGCGCAAAUUCCAGGUUUUGUUUACAUUUUGUUUUGAUCAGAACGUGUACUAUUGACUCCGUCCUGAAGGGGCUAACAUUAGAGUUUGUCUAAAACUGCAGUCUUUCACAUUGCAGAGUUAAGGGGAACAUGAGCACUGCACUCACACCAUUUCAAAUAGAUGAAGUGGUCUGGGUGCCUAUAGUGUCCCUUUUAGCAACAACCUAGAGAAGUGAUAGACAGUUUGGAUGACAGUCUGAUUACAGAACGUUUAAAGAAUAAACUGCAACCAAACCAAUGAAGGUAUUGCUAACCACUACCCGCCCCACCCGCUGCUGAACAGAACCUCGUAUCACUCUUAUCUGGCCUUACAGCUGCUAAUCACUGAAUCAAGGCUCAUGGAAGGUCUAGAGUUUAGAUUAUAUGCUAAAUCUUCUCAAAUGUGAUAUCGGAAUCUGACUGAACUGGAAUUGUAGCAGUUCACCAUGCUACAGUAAGAACGUUAUUGUAAGCAGUUGCCGUGGGGAUGGAGAAAGUCAUGUACACUUUCCAAGCAACCAGCGUGGAGACCAAUUUUUCAACUUAGGGAGCUCUCAACUCUUGGCCUAUACAGCAAUAUGGGUCAAAGGUGGUUGAGGAACUUCCUCGAUGCUUUAUGGUGGUUUAACCCUAGUAGUUCUGCAAAAACUGGGGAGCUACCUCGGGCCGCAGGUUAUCUAGAGUUGGCACAGGGAUUACGUCCGUCAUGAGUGAUCUAGAUCUAUCAUGAUUUAAAAGGAUUUGCAUUGACCCUUGUUGUGCAUAAUUUAAAUAAUAAAUCUACCCUCCUUUCCAGGAUGACAAGAUAUGACAACGUUUUAAAUGCCACAGGGCUAAGACGAGUUGUUGUAGUUUGUAUGUUGUUUUUUUUGUUUUUUUUUAAAUCCUUUUAGACUUUGUUAUAAAUCGGAAAUUGUGAAUUCGUGGCUAAAAUUUAGCAAGAACUGGGAUUCUCCUCCACUCUCCCCAUAUCAAUGUUCUACACUUUGUAUUAAAAUGUGUAUUUAUUUAUUUAAAUUUGUUUCUUGAUUGUGCACAAAUCUCAUGGUUGUGAAUAACCUCUGGAACAGUAAAGAAAUAAUCGCUUCCUUUUAGUGCUAAGUGUGUUACAUAGGCUUUCCCCCAGAAAUUCCCCACUAUGUAAGAUUCACACUUUCUUGUAUUUACUCAUCUCUUUCAAUUUCCUUUAAUCUAAAAACAAAACUACAAAUGCAGAAGUGUUUUGUUUUUUGCCUCAAGAUGAAGUUUGUGUCCACAUGUUUAAUUCAAAGUGCCGCGGUUUUAGGAAAUCUUUCUAUGAAAACGUAACCACUGCCGUGCUGUAUCCACAUGAUCUACACCCGCACACUAUAAAUGAUGGGAUUUAUUAACCAGAUUUCAAGGUUGGCCAAGUAUAUCGAUGACUGGCAAGGAGUUUGACUUGUUGCUGUAUCAUUUUAGUUUACCCAGUUUCCAUAUUACGUAAAGUUUGAUGUCAAGUGACACACAAUCUGUUAUCGCUAGACCUGACUGUCGUGUAUCUGGGGUAUAUAAUAUGUCAUUGGAUCUCCGUCAUAUAGCUGUGAGAAACAAAGCAGCAGAAUACUAGUGUUUUACCUUAGAUAAUGUUGAAUACUGUUAGUAUUUGUUUUCUCUUUUUGUCAAUCCUAUGAACUUGUCCUUGAACCAUAUGGAUCUACAUACUACACUCUUCUUUGGUCCAUUUACACAAGGCUGUACACAUAUUUUGCAAGCUAAGUUAAAUACCUCAUUUACAUCCAAUGAUCUCCAAGUGAUGUGCCUGAUUCUAAUAUUCUCUGAGCUGAGCGAUUGAAGUCUGGAGACCUGAAGAGCACCUACAAUGAUAAAAACUCAAGAAUUAGUUAGUUAAAUGCCUGUUGAUGUCUUCCAGACAUAGCUUUCACAUUCUCCAAAGGAGCUGUUAUCUCGAUGCAACUGUUCCAUUCAUACUCCAGAAAGACUCAUUCUGAUCUGAACUGCAACCAGGACACAGAACUGUGGACUUAAGAGAACACGCCAAGCACCAAAACAGCUUAUACUGCUUCCCUACACACUUUCUGAAAAGGAGUCUACAUGUUUUAGCUUUCUUUAUUGCACAAUGUGUUUAAUUUAGAAUUUCUUCUCUCCUGCUCUGUUAAUAGCCUGCUGCAGCCUAUAGGAGACUCAUGUGUGUGACUAAAGUUCAAUAAACCGAGCAGGAGAUAAAACACAUCUAAAGUAAACACACUGUGCUGUAAGAUCCGAAUGAAACAAUUUUUUUCAUGUUGACUGAGUGUGAGUCACAGCCAGGGGAGGUGUAGCUAUGGCUGUAUAAACAGAUUUGAAAGUGAUUUAAUUCCCAAAUGGCAGAGAACUGAGCAGUGAGACUGCAGGGACAUGAUCUAUACACGAACACCACUUCACUAAGCUGAAGUUGUGUAAUUAAUCAUGUUUAGCAUACUCCAUUAAAUUGACCCCUCUUAUCUUACAGCAGUGCCUAUGGUGAGUUCAAUCACUCCAUUUUAUUUGUUUUGUCACACUAGUCUUAAUUAGCAUGACAGAUAACCGAGGAUUUUGAACACCCAAAGCCCUCAGCCUGUAACAUCAUGACAAAGUUUUGAUUUCCCCAUUCUGGAUCCAAAAUAUUGGCCAAAUCACCCUUAACCCUUUUGCUAAUGAUAAAUUGACCAGGCAAAGCUUUCAUAUAUGAUGUCCCAAGCUGAAUAAGUGGGCUUGAGGUGUAGUGAAAAUCUAAAUCUUUACUUUUUUCCAUUUUAAUCAUUUGACAAAAAAAACUGAUUUACUUCACCCAUAGAAUCCUUGCACUGUAACCACAGCAACAAGCUGAAAUGGUUAUGGAGCUUGGCAGGUCCCGUUAAGGAUAAUUUUCAAAGUUGAAUAACGGCGCACAUUAUUAGAUGUUAUUCAUUAACCUGUUACAUGUAUGUAAAAAAAAAUAUAUAUAUAUAUAUAUAUAUAUAUAUAUAUAUAUAUUUAUAUUUUUGAGUAAGGGGCAAAUAGCCGUAUAUGGAGUAAGGUUCCAGCAUAAGCGUAGGAUAGUAUAAAGGGAGCAAGUCGGUUGUGGUGUGCCGAGACCGACGAUACGGUAAGCAUGUAAAUAAAGAGGGCCCACCAAGGAGUAAGAAAGUAAAGAGAAAGUGUUGAAAUGAGGAGUGGGUGGGAGGGUCAUUCUGAUGCUGACCUCAAGCGGUAUGGAGUCAGGUAAGGGGUUGUCCCUUAUAUAGGGGAGUGAAUUAAUUUUAGCCCCUCCCACAUAUACAGGCCAAUCGGCCUUAAUUCUUGUGUAAGGGGCAAAUAGCCGUAUAUGGAGUAAGGUUCCAGCAUAAGUGUAGGAUAGUAUAAAGGGAGCAGGUCGGUUGUGGUGUGCCGAGACCGACAAUACGGUAAGCCUGUAAAUAAAGAGGGCAAAAAUUAAUAAUCAAAGAUUUAAUACAGUCAACAAAUAUAUACAAAUUAACCAGACAUUUCCUUAAAUGCAUUACAGUAUUUAAUUCCUGGAAGGAUUUUAAAGGUAGGAAUCUAGGACCGCAAGUGGACACCAUUUGUUGUGGGUAGGAUAGUAUGUUAUCUCUACUGUUGGUGCGUGUUGACUCAUAUCGGAAUGUGGUAGAGCCAAUAGGUAAUGAUAUAUGUGUUAAUGUACGUGGGAUCGUUGAAGACAAUGAUCUGUCUGAGUGGUGGUUAUGGUAGUGGAUUCUCUGGCCUGAGAAAGGCAUUGAAGGCAGUGCAUGGCUGGUAAUGGCCGACUUGUUAAUAUAAUUGAAUGGUUGUAGAUCUAAUAGGUCCGAUAAGGAUGGAAAAGUUGGAUGGCUAUUUGGUAAUCUCUGAGAGGAACGUGGGGGAAUGGAUUCCUGAAAACCUCUGAGUAUAUUCUUGUCUGGUUUGAUAGCAUGAAGUCAUGGUAGUUUUGGCCAUAGGUUAUCCUGUGUUGUUGAAUGCCUGUAAAAUAUAUAAUUAAUGGUGUGUGAGAUGGUUUUAGUUUAAGGUGGCAAAAAGAAGCAAAACCUAGGAGAAAUGUUAUGACACAGGUUGAGCUAUGUCGUGUUCCAACGACAUUCUUUAAGCCAGGUGAAAAGCUGUGUUAUGCGUUCUACAAGUAUGGGACGAAAGUGCUAGGUGGGAUAGUGCAUGCUAUGAUUUUUGAAUAUGUCUAAUCCAUGAUUUUGUCUCUGGAACAAAAAAGUGGCCGUGACUGUAUGGGCGGCCGUAGGAAGCGUAUGAUGAACAUGCCUGGAAUAUAAAUGAGACAAUUGUCGGCAGGGAUGUAUACCUCGCCUGGUACAUGAAAGUAAAAGAAAUGUGAUAAGUGGCCAACCAAGUGAGUUCCCCAGAAAUAUCAUGAUCUUAUGGAUGAUGAGUGGCAUUUGUUGAUGAUAUGACGUGCUUAGUUGUCUGAGUAACAACGGAUUGAUGACCCUGACCAUGAUUUACCCCAUGCUACAGCAGCUGCUACAAUGGGGUAGAUCCCCCAAAGGGGCUGAGGUGGUGGAAAAAUUUCCAAACCUGGAUGCCAUGGCCAACAGCUCCAAAGCAAUCGUUCCUGGUAGAUCGCUUCCAAACCUGCGGUAGAUGCCGCGUCAGACAAUCUUGGAAGGAACGUGCUUUUACCAUGCCAAGUGGUUAAGAAAUGUGCAGGUCUGCUGUUGCUGGGGUGACUAGGGACAUCCUCUGAUCGUCAUGUUGGAAGUGUGGGGAAAAAAAGGGGAAAGUACUCUGGAUGUGAAAGCGUGGCCUUGUGGUAUGAUUGGCAUGCCAAAAUUAAGGAACCUGGUAGGGAUUGUAGUUCCUUGCGGUUGUAAGUACUAAGCAGGAGGUAGUGAUUGAUGUAGUUGAGAAUGUUCCCUAUUUGUCUUGUGGUAACUUGCGUGUAUGGAUGCCGACUCAAGUCGGAUGCCCAGUAAUGUUAUGAUAGUGUCUGGGCCUUCUGUUUCUUAUUGUCAGGAAAGUGACAGGGAUCCAAUACGCAGAGUGCGCACAGAAGGAGGUACGUAUACCGGACCUUAGAAUGGCCGGACUAACGUAAGGACAAAGCAAGAAUAGUCAAAAGGUAAGCCGAGGUCAAGGGAGCCGGAGGACAGGUAAGCGAGAUACAAGCCGAGUCAAAGGAGAGGAGAGAACAACAGGACAAAAGACAAGCAAGGGUCAAAACCGGAAACACAAGAUAAAGAACGCGCUGAGUGACUAGCAAGCUAGAACCACGACAGGGCAAUGAGCAGUAGUAAAGGUUUCCUUUAAAUACCCUGUUACCUAAAUGGAGACCACGCCCCCAAAAGGUCCGGAAUAGCGGUUCCCGGCACUUUAUGCAAAUGCCGACGUCAUGACGUCGACGCUAGCCGUCGCGUCAUAAAAGGGGGAGGAGCUAGCGCGGCCGGCGCGAAAACGGCCGAAAUAUGCCGAAAUGCUAGGGGAAGGGAGCCCCUAAGCAGAGAGGAUGUCCUCCCUGGAUACAUCACCAACAGGUACCCUGACAGUACCCCCCCUUCUAGAAACGCCCACCGGGCGGAUGGGACCGGGCUUAGAGGGAAAACGAACGUGGAAGGCCCGAAGAAGACGAGGAGCAUGCACGUCUAUACAGGAACCCAAGACCUCUCUUCUGGACCAUAACCUUUCCAGUCUAUGAGGUAUUGCAGCUUCCCCCUAGAAAUACGAGAAUCAAGGAUGGACUUGAUGAUAUAUUCCUCCUGACCAUCCACACGGACCGAGGAUGGAGGAGCAGAGCGGGAGGAAAAUCUGUUACAAACAAGAGGUUUCAAUAACGACACAUGAAAAGAGUUAGGGAUGCGUAGAGUAGGAGGUAGAUCCAGCAAAUAAGAAACCGGGUUGAUCCUCCUCAGUACCCUGUAAGGACCAAUGUAACGAGGAGCAAACUUCAAGGAAGGAACUUUCAGGCGAAUGUGUCUGGUACACAACCAGACCCUAUCCCCGGAGAAAAAAUAGGAGCAGGACGCCUACGCCUAUCAGCAUGUGACUUAAACACCGCGGAACUACGUUCAAGAAUUUGUCGAGUCUGAUCCCACAACUUUCUCAGGUUGGCUAUAUGAAUAUCAACCGACGGUAUACCCUGGGAAGGAGACACCGACGGAAGAACAGUAGGGUUAAAGCCAUAGUUCAAGAAAAAGGGGCUAUUACGAGUGGAACCACAAACAAGGUUGUUGUGAGCAAACUCCGCCCAAGGAAUCAGACCGACCCAGUCAUCCUGGUGUUCAGAAACAAAACAACGUAGAUAUUGCUCAAUUUUUUGGUUAGUGCGUUCGGCUGCUCCGUUAGAUUGAGGAUGAUAGGCCGAAGAAAAAUUCAGUUUGAUGCCCAACUGUGAACAGAAGGAUCUCCAAAAACGGGAAAUAAAUUGGGAACCCCUGUCUGACACAAUCUCAUUAGGAAUACCAUGUAAACGGAAAAUUUCUCUAGCAAAUAUCACGGCCAGUUCGGGGGAGGACGGAAGUUUAGGCAAGGGAACGGAAUGAGCCAUUUUAGUAAACCUGUCAAGGACCGUGAGGAUAACUGUAUGCCUAUUGGAAGCUGGUAGAUCAACAAUAAAAUCCAUAGCCAAACAAGCCCAAGGUUUGUUGGGAACGACUAAGGGCUGCAAUAAACCACAAGGGAGAUCCCGCGGAAGUUUAUUCCUGACACAAACAUUGCAAGCCUUGACAAAGUCUUCCACAUCCCUACGUAAACCGGGCCACCAGAAGUCUUUGGAGAUCAGGCAGUAAGUUUUGUGGAUGCCGGGGUGACCAGCGAACUUGCUAUCGUGAAAACAGCGAAUAAUGUCCACUUGGAAUUUGGGAGACACGAACAAGCGGCCCACAGGAGUACGUUCGGGAGCAAGAGAUUGUUCGUUCAUAAUAUCAGCGAGCAAUGGAGAGUGUAUUUUGACAUUGGUGUUGGCGAUAAUAUUGACUUCAGGAAUAAUAGGGAACAAAGUAUCCUCUGUAGAGGUGGUAGGUUCGUGCUGACGUGACAAAGCGUCUGCCUUAGUGUUCUUAGAACCAGGCCUGUAAGUAAGCACAUAAUUAAAGUGUGUAAGGAACAUAGACCAACGUGCCUGCCUGGCAGAUAAUCUUUUGGCCUCCCCCAUAUACGAUAAAUUUUUGUGGUCAGUCAAGAUAGUAACUGGGAGGACGGUGCCCUCUAACAAAUGUCUCCAUUCCUUUAAUGCCAUAAUGAUAGCUAGAAGUUCUCUAUCACCAAUGUCAUAUCUCCUUUCAGUGUGUGAUAGUUUCUUGGAAAAAAAACCGCAAGGGUGCAGCGGCUUAUCUAAACUUUGUCUUUGGGAUAACACUGCGCCUAUCCCUGUUUCAGACGCAUCAACUUCAAGUAAAAAGGGUAGAGAGGUAUCAGGAUGAACUAAUACAGGUGCUGAGGCAAAAGACUGUUUGAGCGUUUCGAAAGCAGAUAAAGCCUCAGUAGACCAGGUUUUGGUAUCGGCUCCUUGUUUGGUCAUAUUAGUGAUAGGAGCGAUAACAGAGGAGUACCCUUUAAUAAAACGUCUGUAAUAAUUAGAAAAUCCAAGAAAUCUUUGUAUGGCUUUGAGUCCCUUAGGUAAAGGCCAAUCUAAAAUCGAUUUUAGUUUGGUCGGGUCCAUCAUAAACCCGUCUUUGGAAAUUACGUAACCUAAGAAAGUUACCUGAGACUGGUCAAAGCUACAUUUUUCCAAUUUACAAUACAAUCCAUGUUGUAAAAGUUUCUGUAAUACCUUUCUGACUUGUCUAUGAUGUGAAUUAAUGUCUCUAGAAUGGAUUAGUAUAUCAUCCAAAUAUACAAUUACACAUUCAUGUUGGAAUUCUCUAAGAACUUCAUUGAUCAAGUCUUGGAAGACGGCCGGGGCGUUACAAAGCCCAAACGGCAUUACGGUAUACUCAUAAUGCCCGUAACGGGUAUUAAAUGCUGUCAUCCAUUCAUCUCCUUGUUUAAUUCGCACUAAGUUAUAUGCUCCUCUUAAGUCAAGUUUGGUAAAAAUACUCGAGCCCCUUAGUCUGUCAAAGAGUUCAGUAAUCAAAGGAAUAGGGUAAGCAUUUCUGAUAGUAAUUUUGUUCAAUCCCCGAUAGUCUAUACAAGGACGUAAGGUACCGUCUUUCUUUUCUACAAAAAAGAAACCCGCCCCCGCUGGAGAAGAAGACUUUCUAAUAAAUCCUUUGUCUAAAUUCUCCUUGAUAUAUUCCUCUAAAACUAAGUUUUCCUUGGUGGAUAGAGGGUAUACCGUACCCCUGGGAGGCAUAGUACCAGGGAAAAGUUUAAUAGAACAGUCAUAAGACCGGUGGGGAGGUAAAGUAUCUGCCUUACCCUUGUCAAAUACAGAUUUGAGGUCUAGAUAUUGUAAUGGUAUCUGAACGUCUGUGGAUUGAGAAGUGUUAACAUAAGAGUUUACGGGGCAAACAGAAGUAACUCUCUGCAGACAUUCUUUCCUACAACCCAUACCCCAAGAAAUGAUUUCUCCACCCUCCCAGUCAAUCUGAGGGUUGUGUCUCUUGAGCCAAGAAUAUCCUAGUACCACUGGGACUGCCGGGGAGGAAAUUAACAGAAGGGAAAUCAACUCCUCGUGGAAAAUACCAACAGUAAGCUUAACGGGUUCGGUCUCAUGGAAUAUUACUGGUUCAGAUAAAGGUCUACCAUCUAUGGCCUCAACGGCCAAGGGUGUAUCUCUCAAUUGGAAUGGGAUACAAUGCUUAUUAGCGAAAGUUUGGUCUAUAAAACUUUCUGCUGCUCCAGAAUCUAAUAAUGCCAUCGUAGUAAUAAACCCCUUUUCCCAAGCUAGAGAGACAGGAAUCAGAAGCCUAUGGUCUUUUUUAUUAUGCAUAGAGGACAGUAAUGAAACACCCAAGGCCCGUCCUCUAAGGGAACUUAGGUGCGAGCGUUUCCCGGACGAUUAGGGCAACUAAGACGUAGGUGACCUCUCCGCCCGCAGUAUAAACAGAGACCCUCCCUUCUUCUGUACUGUCUCUCAGCCUCAGAUAAGCGAGUAUUACCUAUUUGCAUAGGUUCUGGUGGAGUAGGAUUAUAGGAGUCAGGGUUCUGAAAUGAGGGAGCGAGUCUUACAGGAAGUCUAGUAACUCUUUCCCGAGUGUUCUGCCUCUGUCUCAUGCGUUCAUCUAUUCUGGAAAUGAAGGAUACUAAAUCCUCUAAAUUUUCCGGAAGUUCUCUUGUGGCAAUUUCAUCUAGAAUUUCAUCAGACAAUCCAUUCAAGAAAACAUCCAUAAAAGCUUGUUCGUUCCAUUUCACUUCUGCUGCCAAUGAUCUAAACUCUAGAGCAUAUUCUACAAGGGUCCUAUCUUGUUGUUUAAGGCGUAACAGGGAUCUGGCCGCAUUAAUCUUCCUCCCUGGGGGUCAAAGGUUCUUCUAAAAGCCGUGACAAACGCAGUGUAGUUGUAGACUAAAGGAUUGUCAUUCUCCCAAAGGGGAUUGGCCCAUCUAAGUGCUGUAUCUAUUAGCAGGGUUAUAAUAAAGCCUACCUUAGCCCUGUCAGUGGGGUAAGCCCGGGGUUGUAGUUCGAAAUGUAUGCUUAUCUGGUUUAAAAAACCACGACAAGCAUCAGGCGAACCCCCAUAUCGUAAUGGUGACGUGACAUGGGAAGAUGCGCCUACAGUGGCUACUUCCAAACCAGUACUUAGCGAUUGGCUAGCAGUGGAACGUAUUUCUUCAGACUGGGUACUGGAGCGUGUUAACAAAGUUUGUAACGCUAAAGCCAUUUGGUCCAUUCUAUGGUCCAUGGCCUCAAAUCUGGAGUCAGGAGGACUAGCACCUGCAGGAUCCAUCUGGCCCUGUCGUAAUGUCAGGAAAGUGACAGGGAUCCAAUACGCAGAGUGCGCACAGAAGGAGGUACGUAUACCGGACCUUAGAAUGGCCGGACUAACGUAAGGACAAAGCAAGAAUAGUCAAAAGGUAAGCCGAGGUCAAGGGAGCCGGAGGACAGGUAAGCGAGAUACAAGCCGAGUCAAAGGAGAGGAGAGGACAACAGGACAAAAGACAAGCAAGGGUCAAAACCGGAAACACAAGAUAAAGAACGCGCUGAGUGACUAGCAAGCUAGAACCACGACAGGGCAAUGAGCAGUAGUAAAGGUUUCCUUUAAAUACCCUGUUACCUAAAUAGAGACCACGCCCCCAAAAGGUCCGGAAUAGCGGUUCCCGGCACUUUAUGCAAAUGCCGACGUCAUGACGUCGACGCUAGCCGUCGCGUCAUAAAAGGGGGAGGAGCUAGCGCGGCCGGCGCGAAAACGGCCGGAAUAUGCCGAAAUGCUAGGGGCAGGGAGCCCCUAAGCAGAGAGGAUGUCCUCCCUGGAUACAUCACCAACAGGUACCCUGACACUUAUGGGGUACUGGGACGCCCAAGUGGUCAACCAGACUAAGCUGCCGUGAGGCUUCUAGUGAAAAAUGUUAUCUUUGAUCAACAAGAAGUCUUCUAGAUAGUGUAUGACUGUAAGGCCUCUGGAUAUGUUAUCAUAACCAGCACAGAGCAUCUGCGAAUAUCGAUAGUAGGCUAAUCUGUAGCCCGAAAGUUGAGCGGGGAAAGGAUUGCCCAUUUUAUGCCAUGUAAGUGCCAGUGUGUAGGGUAGAUGUUAGCCGUUUACUGCGUUGAUGAUAUUAGUCUUACUUAACCAAGCUUCAACCCAUGCUUGAGUGAUAGCUGUAAAGGUAGAUCAAUGGUGUUGUAUAGUAAGGAAACUCCUUGGAAGGUAUGAGGGAGUUGAGACUUGGGGUAGCGAAGGUGUGUGGUGCCAAUAAGUCUAUGGUUAGUCUUUGUUUAAGGGAAGAUUUUCUUGUGACAAUACCAAUGUGUUUGUGUUUGGCGCCAUGCUGUAAUUGGUGGAGAUUGGAAAACCCCUCUGCAAAUCUUGGCUAUGAGUGUGUUUACAGCCGAUGGUUCUGUUGUGCUGAUUGUAAGUGAGGGCAUGCUAUAUUCCUUGAAGGUGUAUUUAUCAUACCUGUAUGGGAGCCCUUUGAAGCUCCAGAGCUUUAGUAAAUCUACUACAAGUCUGGAAGGGUGAUGAGUCAGUAGUGUUGAAAAUGCAUUGGUGUGUACGUUAUUUGUAAGUUGUAUUGGGACACAUGGUUUGUCAUGUGCCCUGAACCAUUUGAACAUAUAUGCAACAGUCUAUAUGCAAUGCAACUACUCAUAUCAAUUGUCUCUGGUAGUUCAGAGGUGAUGGUACCUGGAGCCUGAGAGUGCUCGUCCAUUUGUUUGGGACAAAAUCCCUUCUGUAUGGGUACCUGCACAAAUAAACAUCUCUACAUAUGCCAACCCAACCAAAGGAUGGUCAGUUUCCGAUUUACCUGGAAUCCCUGGAUCUGACCAUCACAGAUACAUCAUCAUCAUACAUAUAUAUGCCUUGUUUCCCCAAUGUGCUGGGAUCAUACGUGUGUGUCAUAAGAACUGAUUGUACCAGCUAACAGAGUUUCGGUUGGUGCUGGUUGUACAGUAGCGUGAGGCCCAGCCUUGUGAGGGCUAUGGUGACCGACUCAAGAUUGCCAGUCUGUCGUAAAUUUUUUGGCUCAUGAGUUUGAGUGAGUUGGUGUUGCUGGGCCUUCCCCUGCCUCCGUGUUGUCCGUUGAUGUAUGGAGGAGUUUGAAUAAUUCUGCUUUCCUUGCUGUGGCAGGGUAGGGGAUUUGUCACCUCCUUAGGUCGGUGGUAAUGUGUGGGAUCGUCCAGGAUCUGAUUGCUGCUGGACUAGCAACAUCUCCUCUGCUUGAAGGUGUAUCAAUUCUAGCCGGGGUGCUAAGAAGGUGAUUCCUAUCUAUUUGAGAAAUUCUUAAAUAACAAUAAAGAUUGCAAUUAUUAUUUGUACCCAGGGGUCUUGUACUGGCUUGCUAGCUAAGCCGUAAGGCGAAAUGAUUAGUCUUGGUGUUUUUUGGUGACUAGGGAGGCCCUGCUAGUUGCCAAGUGGCUUGAGAGGCUCUAUCUAUGCUUGGCGCAAGGGGAUUUUGUGUGGCCACCGAACGUUGUGGCAGGAUGUUGGCCUCUCGGUGACAGUAACCAGAAAAAUAGGAAGGGAAGUGACAGGUCAGGCUCUCUCUAUGAUACAAUGCGAGACGGCUAGCUCACAAGUGGCCUGAGGGGUGUAUGCCUCAGAGUGUGAGGCAGGGUGUUGGCCUCGCAGGACCACUAACUGAAGCGUAAUGCAGAGAAAAAAGGGGGUAAUACCUAUUGGGCCCUAAAACCCUAAUUGCCAGUACACUAUUAUUAUUCCAGGGAAGGUAAGAGAUGGAUAACUACGUGAGCAGGCGUAUGUACCUGGUAGUAUGGUAUUGAACCUGACAACCUGUAUAGGUUUUUUUUAGUAGUAACUGUAACCUGAAUGGAUAAAACCGUAUGGCAUAAGGAAAUAUGGCAUAGACCAAGCUUAUCUUAAUACAUAUAGUAUAUGUGAAAAGUAAAGUGAUGUGUAAAUAUUAAACAUCGUAGCCAUACUGGUUAAAUAUGUAUCAAUCUUAACCCAUUAAGUGUGUACAAGUUAUAAAGUGGUCUGUCCCCACCUUGUAUGUUUUAUGUCCCCUUGCUAGGGGAAAGUCUGUUGUGUGAGCAGCGUGCUGUGAAAAAUGUAUGUGAACUAUAUUACCAGUUACGUGUAUACAGAUGCGUCUGCUACUGUGUAAUAAUAUAUGUAUUUAUACCAGAUGUUGAUAUACUACUUGCUAUGUGAAUUGUUGUAUGUCUUAUUGAAUGGUAGGGGUCAGUGAACAUGGUGUUGCAAAAUGCAAGUGCACUGGAGAUCUGCCAAGUGCCCUAUAGGUGGCAGUGUAGUUGGAUACUGAUUGGGAUGUGAAAUGUUGUUUGUCUGUUGACCUAUAGGGGUCAGUGUUUUGGUGUUUGUAAAACCCCAUGAAAAUUGUCAAUGUACUUGACAGACCUGUAGGUGGCAGUGUUGAUAGAACCACUAUUGGUCUUGAUGUGAAAUGUAAAUUAUUGUGAAUUAAACCUGAAGUUGAGCCCGUGCUGGAGUUUAAUUUAUGGUUUAUGGUUAUGUUUAAAACCAUCAUAUGUGUAAUUUAUAUUGGCUGGUAAAUUGUAUAUGACAUAUGAAGACCGUUUUGCUGUUGACCAGUAGGGGUCAGAAAUGCUGAUUGUAUGGUAAAAAUACCCUUUAAUCCAAAUGCAAGGUUAACGUGAGAUUUUGAGAGUGACCUGUAGGGGUCAAUGGGUUUAUGUGAAACAUUGUUCGUGAGCUAUGCCCCAGCAUUAUAGUUGUAUGACAGGGAAACGAACAGUGCCCGUUUGACAAUAUACAUUAUGUGAACAUAAUAGCUUAAUAAGUCAUUGUAACAAACCAAAGUUCUGUUCGUGGGUUGUAAACGCACGAAAUGUGUGUAGUACAAUAGUAAAUGCAUGAACUAGUACCCGUUUGGUAGAAAAUUGCACGAACCGUGAGCCUGGUGUGUCAGGGAAACAAAACGAAACGAGCAGUGAGAUUCGAAAUGCACGCACAGAAUUGCCUAGUAUGUUUAGAAAAUUGUAACUGGUAGGUCGACUUACGGUUUGUGAGUUACUUGGACACCAUCCUCGGCGAUGGAUUGAAGAAAGAAGGUGGUAGGCCAGAAAAGCCUGUGGCUGAAUUCCUGACACAGCUCAGCUUAGAAAACUUCAUGGAGUAAUCAGAUAAAAUGGCGUCUGGAUGACCCGAAAGUGGAAAUCAUUCUAAUGCUGACCUCAAGCGAUAUGGAGUCAGGUAAGGGGUGUCCCUUAUAAAGGGGAGUGAAUUAACUUAAGCCCCUCCCACAAAUACAGGCCAAACUGUCUUUAUAUACAUAUAUACUGCUCAAAAAAAUAAAGGGAACACUUAAACAACACAAUGUAACUCCAAGUCAGUCACACUUCUGUGAAAUCAAACUGUCCACUUAGGAAGCAACACUGAGUGACAAUCAAUUUCACAUGCUGUUGUGCAAAUGGGAUAGACAACAGGUGGAAAUUAUAGGCAAUUAGCAAGAGUGGUUCUGCAGGUGGUGACCACAGACCACUUCUCAGUUCCUAUGCUGCCUGGCUGAUGUUUUGGUCACUUUUGAAUGCUGGCGGUGCUUUCACUCUAGUGGUAGCAUGAGACGGAGUCUACAACCCACACAAGUGGCUCAGGCAGUGCAGUUCAUCCAGGAUGGCACAUCAAUGCAAGCUGUGGCAAGAAGGUUUGCUGUGUCUGUCAGCGUAGUGUCCAGAGCAUGGAGGCGCUACCAGGAGACAGGCCAGUACAUCAGGAAACGUGGAGGAGGCCAUAGGAGAGCAACAACCCAGCAGCAGGACCGCUACCUCCGCCUUUGUGCAAGGAGGAACGGGAGGAGCAAUGCCAGAGCCCUACAAAAUGACCUCCAGCAGACCACAAAUGUGCAUUGUCUGCUCAAACGGUCAGAAACAGACUCCAUGAGGGUGGUAUGAGGGCCCGACAUCCAGAGGUGGGGGUUGUGCUUACAGCCCAACACCGUGCAGGACGUUUGGCAUUUGCCAGAGAACACCAAGAUUGGCAAAUUCGCCACUGGCGCCCUGUGCUCUUCACAGAUGAAAGCAGGUUCACACUGAGCACAUGUGACAGUCUGGAGAUACCGUGGAGAACGUUCUGCUGCCUGCAACAUCCUCCAGCAUGACCGGUUUGGCAGUGGGUCAGUAAUGGUGUGGGGUGGCAUUUAUUGGGGGGGAGCCGCACAGCCCUCCAUGUGCUCUCCAGAGGUAGCCUGACUGCCAUUAGGUACCGAGAUGAGAUCCUCAGACCCCUUGUGAGACCAUAUGCUGGUGCGGUUGGCCCUGGGUUCCUCCUAAUGCAAGACAAUGCUAGACCUCAUGUGGCUGGAGUGUGAGCAGUUCCUGCAAGAUGAAGGCAUUGAUGACUUGUUUUAAGGACAUUACAUCAAAGUUGGAUCAGCCUGUAGUGUGCUUUUCCACUUUAAUUUUGAGUGUGACUCCAAAUCCAGACCUCCAUGGGUAAUUUUUGUGUGAUUUUGUUGUCAGCACAUUCAACUAUGUAAAGAACAAAAUAUUUCAGAAGAAUAUUUAAUUCAUUCAGAUCUAGGAUGUGUUAUUUUUGUGUUCCCUUUAUUUUUUUUGAGCAGUGUAUAUAUUACUAUAUGAGACUAAAAGGUUUUUUUUCCCCCCUUUUUAUUUCUAAUGUUACACACUAUCUUGUGUUUUGCACUUAUUUAAUUGACUAUGUAACGUUGUAGCAUAAUGUUUCACAACAUUCCAUUUCCUGGUUACUUGCUAUAUCACUAAUGGCAGAAAAUGGCCAGCGCUGGCAUGAAACUUGCAAUCCCAUUCACAUUAAUUUCUCAUUGUGUUCACACGAUUUUAUGGGCUUGAGAUUUUUACAUAAUACUAUAAUGUUUAGAAACUUCACACAUCUAACAAUCUGGCUUUUCAGGUCUGGCAAUCUAUUAAAAGGACACAAUACAAUAUGUAAUUAUGAGGAUUUCCUGAGCGCUAUUCCAAAACCUGCAGCCGUUUGGGUGCUACAUUCGGCAGAGGGGAAGGAUGCAUUCACAAAAGCAUCACACUGUUCAGGAAAGUGCUAAACAGCAGGUUUAAACUGCGUCAUGGCUACAUUUGGUGCUUUCCCAGUACACCUUUUCUUAAAGGGACACUCAAAACACCAAUUACUGUAUGUAAGUUAGGCUGCAGGUAGAUAUGCUGGGAGCUCCACCCCUCUUUCCAGAAUUUUUAUUUAAUUUUAUUUCUAUCUAGUUUUGCGCUAUAAGCAUAUGGUUUCUAUUCUAUUCACAGAUUGCUCUUUUUGUUUCAAAACGCACUGAUGUACAUGGUGUCAUGACGUGGGUUUCUGGAGAAGUAGUUAUAGUAGCUGGUGACUUUAAGGAUAGGCUGACAGUUGUACUGUAACUUUCAGAACCUCUUGCCAUUUCCAUAAACCCCUGCCUAUAGGAAGUCCUAUGGAAAUUUUAUAAUCAGUCACUUCCUUGUUUGCCGUGAGUUCCUUGUAAAUUCUGCAAAGGGUGGAGUUUUGCCGGAAAUUUUCGUUUUUAUUAUUUUUUAUAUAUUAUUUUUGCAUAUUAUUACUCUCUCUAUAAUGCGAGGGUUGGCAACAUUUGGCUCUGUUGUAGACAAUGUUGUAGCUCAUGCUUUCUGCCAAAGCAUCGUGGGAGAUGUAGUCCACAAGGACUGAAGUGCUGAGGGUAUGCUACCACUGUUGUAGUGCAUUAAAAAGAAUAGGUUAAAUCCAAGGUGAAGCCAUUUACAAUAUUGGUAGAAUAACAAUGGGUGCCUCCAUCAUCCUCUCCCCUGGACAAUAGUGGUCUUGUGAGAUGUCUUCCCGGAGCUACUGCUCACAGAGACUGGAGAAGUAAUUGUGUUAUUGUUAAGCGCGCAAAGCAGGAAGGGGAAUUGGAUGUACUUGUCCAUCUAGGGACAAAUGACUUGGCUUGCAAUGGGGUUUCAGUUUUUUGUGUUUUUGCGAAUGAUAUACAGCAGGUUGCUUCCACACUCUAAUUCUGCCUGUGCAUACCACUCAGAACGACAGGCUGAUGUGUAUUAGGGACUUUUACUUGUGGCUUGGUGAAUGGUGUAGGGAGCAAGGACUUGGCUUCAUUUCUCAUGGUGGCUCUGUUUGGAAUGGAAAACUGCAUUAGGCUUAUCAGUAAAAGCAAAAAAUUCAAGAAACCACUGUGGUACUCCGCAGGUGUGGCCAAAAUAGUAAAAAAAAUUAAAAUAUUUUAGUUCUGUAUUUACAGAUGAAAAUGAAGGAAAGGGGCCUCACUUAGGAAAAAGGACAAAUGAGUAAUUUUUUACAUGUGAGUUUACAGAGGAAGAGGUUCUAUUUCAACUGUCAAAAGUAAAGACAAAUAAGUCAAUGGGACCUGAUGGAAUACACCCUAUGUUAUUAAAGUGAAACUCCAGUGCCAGGAAAACAAUCCGUUUUUCUGGCACUGCAGGUACCCUCUCCCUCCCAUCCCCCAUCCCUGGUUGCUGAAGGGGUGAAAACCCCUUCAGGUCACUUACCUGAGACCCCGCUGAUGUCCCUCGGUGGUGGUUUCGGGUCGGCGUUGCUCCUCCCAGUAAUUAUGUCAGCCGGUGGGCGAGACUGAUCCCGCCCGCCGGCUGAGGAAACCUAAUGCGCAUGAUUUUCAAUGCUUUCCUAUGGGGUAUUGAGCGAUGCUGGAGGUCCUCAUACAGCGUGAGGACGUCCAGCGACGCUCUAGCAAAGAAAAUCUUUGCUAUGAAUCAGGAAGUGCCCUCAUGUGGCUGUCUAGUAGACAGCCACUAGAGGUGGAGUUAACCCUGCAAUGUAAUUAUUGCAGUUUAUAAAAAACUGCAAUAAUUACACUUGCAGGGUUAAGAGUAGUGGGAGUUGGCACCCAGACCACUCCAAUGGGCAGAAGUGGUCUGGGUGCCUGGAGUGUCCCUUUAAAAGAGCUUAAUGGUGUACUAGCAAAACCAUUAACAGAUUUAUUUAACCAAUCAUUGUUAACAGGAGUAGUCACAGAAGAUUGGAAGUUAGCGAAUGUUGUGCCCAUUCACAAGAAAGGUAGUAGGGAGAAGUCGGGCAACUAUAGGCCAGUAAACCUUACUUCAGUAGUGGUGAAAGUAAUCGAAAUCAUGUUAAGAUAGGGUUGUUGAACAUCUAAAAUCACAUGGAUUUUAAGAUCAGAGACAACAUGGGUUUACUUCAGGGAGAUCAUGCCAAACUAAUCUUCUUGAUUUUUUUUUUUUGAUUGGGUGACUAAAAUAAUAGAUCAUGGUGGAGCAGUAGACAUUGCUUACCUAGAUUUAAGUAAGGCUUUUGACACUGUUGCACAUAGAAGGCUUAUCAAUAAACUGCAAUCUUUAAGUGUGGAUUACAAUAUUGCUGAAUGGGUAAGGCAGUGACUGAGUGACAGGCAACAGAGGGUUGUAGUCAAUGGAGCAUAUUUGAAAAACUGUCAGAGCUGUGGCAACUGACAUUUAAUACAAUAAGUGCAAGAUAAUGCAUCUUGGAUGUAAAAACCCAAGGGCAGAGUACAGAAUAUUUGAUAGAGUCCUAACCUCAACAGAUGAGGAAAGGGAUUUAGGGGUGAUUAUAUCCGGUUACUUAAAGGUAGGCAGACAAUGUAAUAGAGCAGCAGGAAAUGCUAGCAGAAUGCUUGGUUGUAUAGGGAGAGGUAUUAGCAGUAGAAAGAAGGAAGUGCUCAUGCCAUUGUACAGAAAACUGGUGAGACCUCACUUGGAGUAUUGUACGCAGUACUGAAGACUGCUUUCUCACGCGGUUUAGUGAUGCCGGAAUAUGACGUCAUAUUCCGGCGCCCGGCUACACUUCAUUUGGCGCGCGCGAUGGAGCGGUGAGGUGUUGGAAGGCUGAGCUCCCUCGUGGCCCUCCUCCCCGGCCGGGUAAGUGUUAGCAGAGUAGGCACCUGCAAUGUGGGUAAAGCAGGUGCCUACUCUGCUAUAACACCAGCAUGCACUCACGGUUCGCUGGGCUGCAAAGAUGAUCCUUGUCGGCCGCAUGCGGCCCGUGGCCUGCGAGUUUCACAUGCUUGCUUUAGAGAUUCAGAGAAGGGAUGCUAAACUGGUUCAUGGAUUGCAGGAUAAAACUUACAAGGUUAAAGGAUCUUAACAUGUAUAGCUUGGAGGAAAGACGAGACAGGGGGGAUAUGAUAGAAACAUUUAAAUAUAUAAAGGGAAUCAACACAGUAAAGGAGGAGACUCUAUUUAAAAGAAGAAAAACUACCACAAAAAGAUGACAUAGUCUUAAAUUAGAGGGGCAAAGGUUUAAAAUAAUAUCAGGAAGUAUUCAUUUACUGAGAGGGUAGUGGAUGCAUAGAAUAGGCUUAGGUUAACACAGGGAGGGAGUUUAAGAAUGUGUGGGAUAGGCAUAAGGCUGUCCUAACUGUAAGAUAAGGCCAGGGACUAAUGAAAGUAUUUAGAAAAUUGAACAGACUAGAUGGGCUGAAUGGUUCUUAUCUGCAGUCACAUUCUAUGUAGCCCAACAAUACUCUCAAUCUAAUUUUCUGUUAUGCAUGUACAGUGUCUAAUAUCUCCAACAUUCCAAUUCCCCUCUCUGACCACCACCUCUUAUCAUUUGCUCUCGAAUACCCCCUUACCCAACAACCUCAGCCUAACCCCCCUCAACUCAGGAGGAACCUUAAUUCUAUUGACCUCCAGCAGCUGUCAGCUGAUAUUGAUCCCUUCCCUCUCCUGUCACUCACUAGCCAUCUCCACAUAUAACACUACUCCAAAACCCAAAAGUGGCAUACUAAAUCAACAUGCUAUCUGCAAAGAUGCUCCAGUUGUGCUGAAAGCUCCUGGAGGAAGUCUUGCACCCAGUCAGACCUUCUCCAAUAUAGAUUCAUAUUAUGUUUGUACAGCGCAGCCCUUGCCCUUGCCAAACAGUCAUACUUUUCCUCUCUCAUUAGUUCAUGCUCCCGAAAUCCCAGGCGUCUCUUUGACACCUUUAACUCUCUUCUUUGCCCUGCUGUGGCCACUCCUCAAACUAACUUUACAGCCGAUAGCUUUGCAUGUUACUUUACCAACAAGAUUGAACAACUAAGGAAAGAAUUCUCCCCACCCUGUCUUUCUCUUUCUGAAUUACACGUAGGUCAUGCCUUUCCUACUUGUAGUGGAGCAUGGGUAACCCGACUGGCUUGUAAUGAACCCUGAGGUGGUGGCGAUCGGUUCAUCUGACUUCACCCGAACUGCUAUGAGCAUGAUUGAUUAUAGCUCGCAGUUCGGGUGUCCGUUCAUCUCCUGAUCAGGUACAGAUUUCCCAGCAGAUUCUCCCAACGCAGUAACCAGGUACCCAAACAUCAGCCGAAACUUGAUGAAGGGUGUAACAAGACUAAAGGUUUAUUGGUGCCACACUGACUUUUAUACAAUUUUUCCCAACAAGUGUGACACCCAGGUGGACCUUGUUGGGCACAGGGACACAAAGUGUACAAGCCAAUAGAAACAAUAUGACAAUGAAUGACACUCCCACAUACAUUAGGCAGUCCCUCCUCUCUGCUUGGGAAAUAAUUGGGUCAGAUACUGUAAUAACUCAAUUAUCCCCAGGCAGAAAAAACAUCAUAUUUUAAGGUACCCCAAAACAUGCAGAAAAACAUAUCUCAUAUACAUAAGUUAUAUUCCCUGAUAGCCCUAAUCUGGGUGACCAACAUAUCCGAAAAUCACCCAGAUCAGUUUAGGGGUACGAAAGUUUCCUGAAGGGUACAUUUUGACUGCACACAAGGCUGUUAUCCCAUAAGGCGUUCCACGAAAUGAGGCUGUGUGGUCGGUCUGGUUCGUCAAAACAUAAAAAUGAAAUAAAACACGAACGGACCCCCUGGCUCUUAGGCAGCGUUUGUUCCAUUAGUUCUUGGGAACAAACUUACCGAACAGCGCCCUCCUGGCUGUUUCGACAAAAGGAAGCAGGCGUUUGACAAGUUGACCGGGGGUUGGUGCGUUGAGUGUAUCCGAUUUUAGUUCCAGACACUCGAUGACUAACCACCGCUGCUUCCUUUCGUGCGAACAAGAUGGAACCCAGAAGGAAUCUUCAAUUGCCAAUUCGUCUUGACGAAAAUAGCCAGGGGUGGUCAAACAAACGAAAUCUGGGUAAAACAUAUGAAAUACUGUUCGAAAAUGUCUAGGAAAUGCUGGGUUUUCUUACAGGGCUUACCUCCGCUAAUUCCUAUCUUCUGCCACUCUGGAACCCUUAAGCAUACAGACAUCCAUUCCCCCAGUAACUGGACGACACACAGCUCUGGGAGUACAACACGAUUUUUUUUGUGCCGCACACAGAGUUUAUGCAUAACCCCAUGAAAUGGGUCUUUCACACAAGCAGACAGGGGUUUUCAUCCCAGGACUUUCUGUGCCUGGGAGCCGAGGUGUGGGAAAAGGCUCUAGUCUCUUUGUCUCCCAGGUACAGAAAGUCUGCCACUCAGGCAAGGGCUCCAAAUCCUCUGUGAUUGGGAGCCAAGGCAAGGCAAAAAGGCCUCUUUGCCUCUCAGGCACAGAAACCCUGCCAAAAUAGACAGUAUCCCAAAAGUGUCCCCAUCAAACUCAGAACCCAACAACCCCACAAAAGUACAUUCCCUGACCGGUCUCCGUUCGUGAAGUUCCUGUGCGAACACCAUGCAAGGGAAUCCCUUCCUUUCAGGAUACGAAUGCUCUCCCUGGUUGCCGUUCAUCUGUAUGAAAUGGCAGCCACCCAGGGGAGCACUCCAUUACUUCCCUUGUGGUUUCACACUUAUAACAAUAACUUAAGUUAUUGGUGUGAACAUUCUAAUGGGGUCCUGGGGUUGUCCUUGUUCGGGAGAUGAAUGGGUGCUGUUCGUAUGAACGAUCCCAAAUGGGAAAACAUGGCACAAUACACAAAAUACAAGGGGAAACACACCAAUAAGCAGUGAUUCUGCCACACUACCCUUCAGACUUUCUCCCCGGCUACUAAACAAGAGGUGGCUGUGCUUCUCCUUUCUUCUCACCCCCACCACUUGCCUGCUUGAUCCUGUCCCGCCUCACCUUAUCAGAUCUCUCUUCCCUUGUCUUGUGCCUUCCUUAACACACAUUUUCAAGUGCUCGCUCUUUUUUGGCAUUGUUCCUGCUGACCUUAAACAUGCCUCUGUAGUACUUAUCCUGAAAAACUCCCCCUCUAUCAUCCCAUUACCCUCUUUAAUCUGGCUUUCACCCCCUACACUCUGCUGAGACUGCUUUUAUCAAAGUUACUAAUGACCUAAUCGCAGCUAAAUCCAAAGGCCACUACUCCAUACUGAUUCUUCAUGACCUCUCUGCUGCCUUUGACACAGUUGAUCAUACUCUCCUUCAAACUCUUCAAUCACUCUGUCUCUGUGACUCUGUCCUCUCUUGGCUUUCCUCUUACCUCUCCCAACGCUCAUUCAGUGUCUCCUUUUCUAAUGAUACCUCCUUCCUUCGUCCUGUCUUGGUUGGAUUCCCCCAAGGCCCUGUCCUUGGUCCCCUUCUAUUUUCUCUUUAUACUGCCUCUCUUGGCAAACUUAUUACUGCUUUUGGAUUCCACUACAACCUGAACGCUGAUGACACCCAGAUAUAUAUGUUCUCCCCAGACCUCUCCCGUGCCAUCCUGAAAUGUGUCCUGCUUGCAUUUCUUCCAUCUCUGACUGGAUGUCCUCCUGCUUUCUGAAACUAAAUCUCUCUAAAACUGAGCUCCUUGUCUUUCCUCCUAAUACUGAUCCUCCUCUUUCGCUCUCCCUUCAAGUUAGUGGUAUCCACAUCAGUCCAUCCUUGCAAACGCGCUGUCUUGGUGUCAUACUUUAUUCUGGCCUCAGCUUUGAGCCUCACAUCCAGUAUGUUACCAAGUCCUGUAGAUUCCAUCUUAAAAACAUAGCCCACAUCCGCCCCUUUCUUACGCAAGAUGAUACCAAGGAGCUUGUCCAUGGUCUAGUAAUUUCCUGCAUAGAUGAAUGUAACCCUCUCCUAAUUGGUCUUCCCAAAAGCCGUAUUGCCCCGCUACAGUCUGUAAUUAAUGCUGUCGCCAGACUGAUUUUCCUCUCCUGUCUCUAUUCACACAUCUCCCCUCUGUCAGUCCUUCCAUUGGCUUCCUGUAUCCUAUAUGAGUCAAUUCAAAUUUCUAACCCAUACCUAUAAAGCACUGAACAAUUCUAACCCCUCUUAUAUCUCUUCACAGAUCCAUAGGUAUGCCCCUUCUCAGUCUCUCCGCUCUUCUCGCGGGCGGCUCCCUUCCUAUGGAAUAGCCUCCUUACCGCAAUCAGACUCUCCCCUAGUCUUGCAUCUUUUAAGAAGUGCCUUAAAACCCAUCUCUUUAGGAAAGCUUAUGGCCUCCCAGAGUAACCUCAACCUUACAUACCUGUCUCUUGCUCUCUCCUAAAGGGCAGCACUCUACUCUCUCCUCCAGCUCUGCUUCCUGUAUCCUUAUUUGAUUGCAAAUUCCUGUCCUAUUGGGUUUUACAACCCACCUCCUUUAGGCUGUAAGCUCGUUUGAGCAGGGUCCUCUUCAACCUAUUGUUCCUGUAAGUUGUCUUGUAAUUGUCCUAUUUAUUGUUACAUCCCCCUCUUCUAAUAUUGUAAAAUGCUACGGAAUCUGUUGGCGCUAUAUAAAUGGCAAUAAUAUUAUUAUUAUUAAUAAUAAUAAUAAUAAUAAUAGUAAUUAUGGUGUUAUGGACCCCAGCUAUACCAUAUUUAGCAUCUCAGGCGACUUAUUGUAGAGUGGCCACAUCCUCUUACUUUGAAACAUUAAUGGAUUUGUGUCUGGGAGCUCUGCCUUUCUACGUGAAUGUUUAAAGGGAUAAUCCACUCCUAGGGAUAGUUGUCGCUUGGUGUGGGCCCAAGUUAAGGGACAACUCAGCGCUAAACUGAUAGUCCCUUUACUGGGAAAUAGGGCUACCAUACUCCUGGCAUCAUAAAAACUACCAGGGACUGUAUUGGUUAUGAUGCUUGGAGUAACCCUUUAAGGGUCUAUUUGCUAAACAGUGAUUUGAGGUGUUCUAACAGAUUUGCCCAAAAAUGUUAACAUAACAGAAAUCCAGGAUCUCUAUAGUUUAGCUCGCAAUAUUACCUAUUUUGGCUAAGUUUUUUUUGUAAUCCAUUUUCCAAUCUGCCCAUCUCAUCAUUAAAGGGGAAUCACCUUUGUAUAAUAGAACACAGAACUUCAUGGAUGGUAUGACAACUCAUUUAAAAGGGAAAAUGUGGCACCAUAAGCACUACAGGCUAGGGGUGUCUCCGGGAACAUACAAACGGUUUGAUCAAGAACCAAGAGAUGGCACUUGCGGCUUAAUAGCACAGCAUCAACUACAAUGAUCUGCAGUGUUUCUGGUGCUUAGAUUUCCCCUUUAACCAGCAACCAGUUAAUAUAAUAUAUCUCUCUCUCCCUCAUAUGUGUGCCCCAUUUGAUUUAUUUUUUUUAACCCUUUUGGACACCACUUCAGAAGUAAAAGGCCAUGUAUCCGUAAGGGUUAAUAAACAGUAUGAUAUGAACUGCUCAGUGCUUUCUUACACGGAAAGGGUUAAUGAGACUGCCCUGCAGAGUGCUCACUGCUUAGACCGUAGGACAAAGUGUAUGUUUCGCAAGAGAAUACCAAACCUUGGUUUACGAAAGAGCAGGCAAGCCGUACUCCCAUCUGUUCGGUAAUACCCACGGAUACCCGUGAAGCCCUCAGUAGGUAAUUUAUUAGACAGAUCUGGGGAACUCCUUGCGUGAAGCAGUAAUUUCCCCCACCCGUCUAGUAAUCCCCAAACUGCUAACGCUCUCUGUCAUUGUUCUCCAUACAGUAAAGAAUCCCUUUCAUGGUGCAGGGCAGCGGGUAACGGGAAGGUAAGAUAACAGAGAUAUAUAAAGCCAUUCGGCACCAUGGGUGUUUGUGGACUACAUAUCCCAUGAUGCCCAGCUAACACAUAGCCUGCAUGGGGCUGUGGAAAUCAUGUGAUGUUAGAAAAGCACAUUGUAUUUGUUAUCUGUAGAUAUACUAGGUAAACACAGUUUGUUUGUAAGGACACAAAACCUCAGUGUUUGUUGUAUUUGGCAAUUUCUAGUGACUACAUGAAGGUUACCAGAAGUACCUGUUAAAAGGGGGAGGAGGGGGUGAAAUAUUGGAAAUAUGUAUAAAUUACAGGAUUGCCCUAACAUUCCACCAAUAAUAUUUUAUUUCUAAUUAAAUUAUUGUACGCUUGCCCUUUAACCCCUUAAGGACACAUGACAUAUGUGACAUGUCAUGAUUCCCUUUUAUUCCAGAAGUUUGGUGCUUAAGGGGUUAAAUGGGAUUGAUCAUUUUUUGACCAAAGGGGAUUUUUCUGUCCAAUUACAUGCACACGUGUAUAUACAUGUUAUGAGUAUGGUAUAUUUGUGUUUUAUGAUCUGCCUAUUUUUGGAACAGGCAGAUCAUGGUUUAUAAAUCCUGUACAGCAUCCUGCCCAGGAUUGAUGGGAGUUCUUAUUUCCAAACCGCAGUUGCUGUCCUUAAACCGACUCUGUACACCAUCAGGGUCUUUAGAAAAUAUGCAAAGACCCAGAAUGGUGAGUGAUGUGGGUUAAUUAAGCCUCUCCCUCGUUUACUGAAAUGCCAUGAGAGAACCACACUCUGUCUGCCCAGCAUCUCUCUUGGCAUAUCUAUAAUCAGAAAUGGUGCAAGCUCUUACAUUUACUAAUCUCGGGCAGGCUGGAACGUGUGUUCAUAUAAUAAUAAAUAUCUAAAUCUAAAAUUUUGAGUUUUUCUUUACGAGACACUCCUAACAUUAACCUUUCAGUGCAAGCCUUGAGGGUCCUUGGCACACUCUCACCUGGGGUGACCUUUCACCUACCAAUGCUUAGUGAGAGAGAGGAUAUUAUUUCUGGGUCAGUUAUAAUCGUUUCAGAAAUUUUGUAAUGUGUGUAAUCUUCUUUUUAUUAUAUCAGAUUCCAAAAGUCCAGAAACAAAGUAACAGGAAAACAGAGUCCAUUCACAUAGAUUCUGGAACACUUUAUGCUGCUAACUAAGAAAGGGAUUUGCAGGAAGUAGCUUUUAUCUGCUACAAAAACAUCUAACUGGAUAGUUCCUAAAAUGUGAUUGGCUGCUGUUCAUUCCAUCCAAUCACAAUGCAACACUCAAGAAACCAUGUGAAGUUCCAGGUAGUCAGUUACCCAUUUUCUUCAGUAUACUGUCCCAUUCAGUACUUUGUGGACUUCCCUGUAACUGAGCUCCCUGUACCCUGGCUUGGUACCUCCGCCAAAGGACAGCUUCCUAGCUGGAACAAGGGAAAAACCUCAGUGCUUCUGCCCCCCAGUCGCCAUGACUUGACUGGGGUCCUGGAACCUCACUGUCCUGGAGCCGAAUAGGGGACUAGCUCUAUCCACCCCCAGGUACCGGAUGACACUCCGUCAUGGGAGCUCUAGUCCUUACAAUGACUUUCCCCACUGAAUCCUCCAUGCUGGAACAGUGAUUAGCCCUCUCCACUCCCAGUAACUAGACGACACAUAGGUCUGGGAGUACAAACUUGUAGUCUGACAAACUGCUAGACUUGGUUCAGCAACAGGACAUUGACACAGAGCAGGAAAGCUGGGUGGCUGUGUCAGACCUGCCACCCUCCAGGUGGGGAAACCUGGCUGCUGUACCCCCUGCUUCACUGUUCCAACUUGUUCCAGCAUGGAGAAUUGAGUGGGGAAAGUCCUUGUAAGGACUCCAGCUCCCAGGACUGUGUGUAGUGGAUAGAGCUAGUCCCCUAUUUGGCUUCAGGAUGGAGAGGUUCCAAGACCCCAGUCAAGCCACGGCGACUGCGGGUAGAAGCGCUGAGGUCUUUCCCUUGUUCCAGCUAGGAAGCAGUCCUUUGGCGGAGGUACCCAGUUGGGGUACAGGGAGCUUCGUUACACUCCCAUUUUAGGCCUUGGUUUAAUAAGUUUUUCAAAUAAUUCAGUAUGGUUAGAAAGAUUUUCCAAACUAUAAUAAGACUUUGUGCUGAUCAAUUAAAAUCAAGGUCAUAGUGGGCAGAUAUAAUCUAUGCAAUAUCACAUCAGAUAGCAAUGCAUCUUGUUUUGUUGCAACAAAGAGAAAAAAAAACAUAACCUUUGCAAGAAAUGGUUUCUGCAGUGCCACUCUAACAAGAUUGUCCUUGUCUCCUAAUAACAUGAAUUACAGUCUCGUCAAAUACUUUGACACCUAGGAGGGUUCUCAUCUCAUAAGAUAAACAGUCUCAGUUUGGUAAGCGUGACUUCAUAGCUUAAAUCUUCCAGUCCUUUUAAGUAAAUGUGUCAUUGAACUUCUAGUUCUGUUAACUGUCCUCCUGAUUGAUUAUAAAACUAUGCAGUAGAACCUUGUGCUAUCUGGAAAUAGAUCCCAAGUUCUUUUCAUGGAGCUUUUUAAUAUUCUUUUCUUUUCUCCAUUUUUCUUCUAGAGACUUCAAACACUACUGUUACCUAAUCCUCAUUUAUGGUGGGUUCCCAAACCUGCUAUGGCUCUGUGCCUCAAUCAAGUGUUUAACAAAGACAAGACAUUUCGCCCCAGAAAGAGGUUUGAACCCGGAACGCAACGCUUUGAACUAUACAAGAAAGCACAGGCCUCCCUGAAAUCUGGCUUGGACCUCAAAACCGUGGUUCAGCUUCCCCCAGGGGAAAACAUUAAUGACUGGAUAGCUGUGCACGUUGUAGACUUUUUCAAUAGGAUUAACUUGAUAUAUGGCACCAUGUCAGAGUUUUGCACAGAGAAAAGCUGCCCCAUCAUGUCUGGUGGGUUUAAAUAUGAAUAUCGGUGGCAGGAUGACAACAAGUUCAAGAGACCCACCAAGCUCUCUGCUCCACUGUACAUGAACAUGCUUAUGGAGUGGAUUGAAACCUUAAUUAAUAAUGAAGACAUCUUUCCGACCAGGAUGGGUGAGUGUUUUAUCCUAUUUAUAAAGAGUUACCCAUUUUUGUAUACUUCAAAAUGCAUCCUUUUGUUUUUUGUUUUUUAUGUUAUAACUUUGCUCCAUGAGGCCACUUUUUACAUUUUUUUUUUUUUUUUUUUUUUAAAUACAGAGGGACGUAUCAACAAUCCAUUGUAAUGGUUAUGAUUUUUAAAGGUGGCUUUGUCACCCUAUACUUGCCUUACUUUAAUUUGCUCCUUUUUUUAUUUUUUAUUUAUUUCUCGUUGAUUACAUAAGGCAAAGUAGGGAUGAAGCUUGAGAACAAGUGAUUGUAAGACAAUAUCUAUGAAGUGGUAUUUACUUUCUGGGGUUGGGUUCCUCCACCUUUUUUUUUUUUUUUUUUUUUUUUUCACGUUGUUUGGGUGUUUUUUUGAGGUAACAACUUGGGAGGAGAUAUUCCACGCUUGUUAAAAUUUGUAUUACAAUUUUUUUUUUGUGAUUUUUUUUGCUAUAGUACAUAUCUAUGAAAUGGCUUGUGGUAUCCUCCAUAGAUCUCAAUUCUGUACUCUGGCGCAUGCAUGAGAGUACAGCACUAACAUUAGUUCCAGUCAGAUGAAGCGCCAGUGGCAAUUGCCUUGGGGGACAGGUUCAAGUAAGUAUAACUCACCUUUUGAGUGUCCUUGCAAAUUAGACACCGCUUUCAAACUGUCCACCAAAACCCCCUUUCCAUGGACUGUACUCCCACAGCAUAUAAAUCUCUGGAAAGCUUGUAACAGAGCGCCCUUGCUAUUCAAAUAGCGCCCUGAUUGGAGAAUCCAUGCCCGAGAAACCACUUGUUAAAGGUUUUUUUAUGGUGUUGUGACUAUUCAUCGAUCCGACAAUAAGUUAUAGGAGUGAGGCGGCUUAGUUCUGGUCUCCAAAAAGAGGUUCCCGGACCUUUGGGGAGUGGAGCACUCUCAAGCCCCAAGUAUCCUCUGAUGCUACCUUGCCUCUCUAACCUCCCCCUAUUUGGAGGUCAGGGGAUUGUGCAAACCUAUGUACCAUCCCAAUUCAUAUAAAUGUUUCAGAGUAUCUCCCAUUUAGGCAGUUGAGGGUCUUUUAGGGGCUCUUGGGAUCGGGCCUAUAGUCUGUGAGCAGGAGGCUGACCUUCAUGCCUGUCCAGAAUGUUGUGGCAUGGGAACUUUCAUCACCGUAACAAAUGAGGAGGUGAAACACAGAGACGAAUGGGUUUUGUCAAAGUGCCCUGAUGGCACUUUACACAAAAACAUAGAAUGUGAUGGCAGAUCAGAACCAUUCGGCCCAUCUAGUCUGCCCAAUUAUCUUAUGGCUAGGAUAGACUUAUGCCUAUCCCACGCAUGAUUAAACUCCUUCACUGUGUUAUCCACUACCACUUCAUGCUUGAAGGCUAUUCCAUGCAUCCACUACCCUCUCAGUAAAGUAAUACUUCCUGAUAUUAUUUUUAAACCUUUGUCCCUCUAAUUUAAGACUAUGUCUUCUUGUUGUGGUAGUUUUUCUUCUUUUAAAUAUAGUCUCCUCCCUUACUGUGUUGAUUCCCUUUAUGUAUUUAAAUGUUUCUAUCAUAUCCCCCCUAUCUCGUCUUUCCUCCAAGCUAUACAUGUUAAGAUCCUUUAACCUUUCCUGGUAAGUUUUAUCCCGCAAUCCAUGAACCAGUUUAGUAGCCCUUCUCUGAACCCUCUCUAAGGUAUCAAUAUCCUUCUGAAGAUACGGUCUCCAGUACUUUGUACAAUACUCCAAGUGAGGUCUCACCAGCAGUGAUGUAUUUUGGUUUUGUGCUGCUCUAGGCAUGACUAAACAUGGGCACCCCCCUAAUCUAAAUUUGCCCCACCCCUACUGGUCAAGACUGCAUCUCUUCCUGAUUAAGAACCCACUUCUUCCUCUUUACACUCCACCUUUUCCUACUCCUUUUAAAGGGAUAUUAUAGUGCCAGGAAAGAUUUUUCCCUCAUGCUCUCCCCUCCCAAUUUGGCACUAUAGGGGUUAAAACUCCUUCAGUCACUUACAUUUAUCCAGCGCCGAUGUACCUCAGUGCAGGGUCAGGCUCUUCCUCCGUGCUUGCAUUAGGCUCCCCAUAGGAAAGCACUGUAUUAAUUUUUUCCUAUGGAACUUUAGCAGAUGCUGGAUGUCCUCAGCAUCAGUUAGGCGACUAUUGAUCGCCUAACUACCCAGAAGAAGUUAACCCCUCAUCGUAAUUAUUGCAGUUUCUGAGAAACUGCAAUAAUUUACCUUAAAGGGUCAAAGGGGAGUGGGACACUGCACCCAGCCUAUUUCAAUGAGAUGAAGUGGUUUGGGUGCCUAUACUGUCCUUUUAAGCACACACUCUGACAGGCGCACAAACACAUUCACUGGCAGACACUCAUUGAAAGACACACUCUGAUAGUCAAACACAGACUUAAUGACAAACAGUCUCGCUGAUUUGACACACACACACACUGACAGACACACUCAUACACUCACAUGUGCACACUUACACUCACACACACACACCUACACUCACACACACCCAUACAGAAUCAUACAAAAUCACUAAUUAUUAAUAUCACUAAUUAUUAAUAUUAUUAUAAUAGUUAAAAAAUUUCACCCAGCCUUCCUACCUGUUGUUGGGGGUCCAGUGGGGCUGCUGUGAGGCGUGCGGCUGUGUUAGCAUCAGAGGUGGUGAGGGAGCUGUGAUCUCCCUGAUCUGCUCCUCACGCCUCGUGGGCCGUCUACUGAUGCAGAGAGCCGGAAUGACGUCAUAUUCUGGCUCCCGGCAUUAGCAAAUGGAGCGUGAGGGAGCAGAUCGGGGAGGUCACAGCUCCCUCGCCGCCUCUGAUACUAGCACAGCCGCACACCGGUUGGUCCAUAAAGUGGCCAGCUCUUGGACCCCCCUAUGGCAGGGAGAGCUCCCCCUCCCGUCCCCAAUGCCAGGGGGUGGCAUAUUUUGCAGCCCCCUGGUUAGUGCUGCCCAAGGCAAAUGCCUAGUUUACCUUGGGCUAAAUACACCACUGCUCACCAGUGCAGUGAAAAUUGUCUUCUAAAACGCUGGCCAGAAUAGGACAACUGUAAAAGUCUCAGACGAGUUUGAUAUAUAUAUAUAUAUAUAUAUGUAUGUAUAUAUUUUUUUGUUUUUUUUGUUUUUCUUCUUGCUUUGCUAUUUUAGCACUUAGGGGUGAAUGUAAGAUUUAACCUUUUUGAGUGCUGUGAAAAUACACUGUAAUUAGCAUCUGUCAUUCACAAUCAAACAAUAUGGGUUAUAAAUAGGAAAGCUGAACAAUAGCUUUAUUUAAAGAAGGCGGAAUCCGAGACGUAUUCUGCAUUGUUGCUAGGAAAAUUACAUCAUUCAAGCUUCCACUGAUAUUUAAUUAGAAAGUUCCAAGAGUUAUUGAAGGUGAAUAUUUAACAUCUGUGUCUAGAACUAGAGCCAGAAGGGCACACAGCUUUUCGGAUGAUGUAUGCUUAUACGUUUUAGUUUUUGGUUUUGUUUUGUUUUUAUGAUCCAACCAAUAAUGAACAUACCUUAAUCCCUGGAAAUAUAUUCAUAUGCAAAGAAUUAAAAACGUUACCGUUUUAUAAGAUGUAUUUUCAUUCUCGGUAUGCAGUGGUUAGUACCUACCAAAAGUAAUGCAAGGAAGGACAACCUGUGAUCAGGAUCAUGGGCGCUCAAGGCUCGUCUGGUCCAAUCACACAAAAGAGCUACUGUAACUGAAAUUGCUGAAAAGAUUAAUGCUGACCAUGAUAGAAAGGUGUCAGAACACACAGUGCAUCGCACUUUAAAGCAUAUGGGGAGGUGUAGACACAUGCCAGUCAGAGUGUUUAUGAUGACCCCUGUCCACAGCCAAAAGUGUCAUUAACAGGGAUGGGAGCAUCAGAACUGGACCAUGGAGCAAUUGAAGAAGGUUGCCUGGUCUAUGUAAUCACUUCAAAAAAAAAUCAAAAUAAUUUUUUUUUUUUAAUCAGAUGGCCAGGUGCGUUUGCGUCAUUUACCAGGUGCGUUUGCGUUUAUUAUUAUACACUGGACAAUGUUCUACUGGGAAAACCUGGGGUCAUGGGAUUUAUGUGGAUGUUACUUUGACACGUACCACCUACCUAGAGAUUACUGCAGACCUCGUACACCCCUUUAUGGCAAUGGUGUUUCAUUUUGGCAAUUGCCUCUAUCAGCUGGAUAAUGCACCCUGCCACACUACAAAAAGUGUUCAGUAAUAGCUUGAGGAACAUGACAAAGUUCAAGGUGUUUCCUUGGCCUCCAAAUUACCCUGAUCUCAAUCCAAUUAAACAUCUGUGGGAUGUGCUGGGACAUUAAACCUGAUCCAUGGAGUCCCCACCUUACAACUUGCAGGACUUAAAUGUUCUGCCCCUAAUAUCUUGGUGCCAGAUACCAUAGGACACAUUCACAGGUUUUGUGGAGUCCAUGUUUUGACGCAUCCAAGUUCUUUUGGAAGCAUAAGGUGGACCUACACGAUAUUAGGCAUAGUUGAAAAUUAUUUACAUAAAGAGAUGUAUCAAUGAUAUGCGACUGACAAAUAUUCCUGGAAAAAAAAGUCAAAGAAAAAUAAUCCGACCAAAAUGAUUGAUAUCCCUUAGAAUCCCGUGCACAAGAGUCAUGAGUUACCUUGGCACCCCACGUCUUCCUGAACUACAUUUCCCACCAUGCUUGGCCAGAUUCAAGGCUGGCUCAGCACCUUGGGAAAAGCAGAGCAGAAACUUCUGGAUACUAAGGUUGGUAAUCAGUGCAGUACGCCGCAGGUUCUUUGUGUAAUAACUGGCCCGCAAGGAAAUCCUUAAUUGGAAUCUUCCAUCCUGGUUGAAGUCAUAAAACAUGAACAGGAGAUGGCUCAUCAAAUAAAGCGAGAGUUUGCUAAUGAUCCAGAUAUUUACCAUCUGUGCUUCUCAAAAUCAUAAUAUUUAAAAUUAUUCUAUACCUCUAGGACAGACAUUUACUUGCUACGGAGGGAUGUUUUUAGUAAAGAACAUUUUCAUCAUUACUUUAAUGAAGACAUUCCAGACCCCUAAAGCACUUCAGCUUGCUGAAAAGCAUUGUGUGACAAGUAUGUCCUAUUAAUUAAUUUAUUUAUUUUCAAUAGAAAUGUACACCUUUUAUAAAUUUACCUUGUUACACACCCUUGGCUGUCAAUCAGACAACUGGUCCUGUUAUUUCCUGGUUUGUUUAUCUCAGUGAAGCUAAACUCGAGGCAGCAAUUGCUCAGAGAACCUGCCUUGCAAAGAUUUCUUAUUGAGCUGCAUUGGGAAGUCUGUGAUUGGACAGCCACAGAAAGUAUGGGAGGGCUGGCAAAGGCUGCAGUCAAGAGAUCUGCAUGUUUUGCAAACUGUUUUUAGAUAAACUCCCAAUUAAAAUGCAUAAUUCCAUGCAUGCAAGUUCUAAUUUGGGGAAUAUCUGCUAAAUAGUGAUUAUCUUGCAUAUGGGCAGUGGGGUGUCCCUUUUAAUAUGAAAUGCCUUAAUUAUAAAUGUAUCAGUUCAGUUUCAGUGUCCCUUUAGAUACUUUGUAUACAAUCAGGCUUCUGGGGUCACAUGGGCAGCCCACAGCAGGAUUGACACACACCGUCCUGGGGCGCGUGGCCUGGCUGCUGACUGAAAUGACUGCCAUGUAAAAGCGCUCUCCACAGAUGUGGGCUUUAAUACAGUGGGGAAAAAAAGGAGAAAAAGCUACUUAUUUGAUUUAAUUCGACAAAAUUCGAUCAUCUAAACUAACUGUGAACAAAACUCAGAAAAGACGGUUUCUGGGCUGAGAUAUGCAAGUAAGGCCUUAUUCACCGUGACACAACUAAAUGGAGGCUAAGAAGUCAGUCACUCAACUAGCUGCAUGUAACACUGAUUCAGGGACCCAAACACAACCAAUUCUGCAACUAACUUUGGAGACUUCUACUCAUUUUGGAUAUUAAAACUGUCAACUCUACGACAAGAUAUUGCAAAAAACAUCACGAAGGAGUUCCGUAAAUAGAUUGCAAGUGUGAGGAAAGACGUUUCAGACAUGGCAAACUGAACGACUGAGGUUCAGUCAGUAGUUGUGAAAACUGCUGACCUAGAACUCACGCAUCGUCCUGUGUCACUGGUGGCGCACAUAGCACCCUUUACUGGCCCAUCUUCCCAUUGGCUCCAAUUUUACACUCCCUCCCAACACUCCGAGGUAUGUAAACUCUAGUUUAACUUCUAAUUUAAUCCCUAUCAUCCUCCGCUGACAUGCGUGUAUAUGACUGGGCAACUCUAAAUUUACACUUUAAAUUUAUUUAUUUUUUUAUGUAAAAUCAACAGCAGAGGUUUAUGCUCAAUAACGUCUGUUCUCCUUGUGUGUUCUACAGCAAGUGUGUAACUAACCGUCGUGUGACCUCGAAUUCACAUCAUCUUGAUUUGUGUUACUGCAGGCCGAUGUGCACUUUGAGUCCUGGUUUUAUUAUUUAGCCGAGACGUUCAACAAUUCAUGGAUCCUGACCUUUCCCAAGACAAAUUGCAGCUUUCUAAAGAAGUCAAUUCCUCUGGACGUUGAAAUGGUCAGAUCGAGACUGAGUGGAGUAAUAUUCUAAACAUAAUAACUGGAAAUAUUGUAGCUCAUCCAUCGCUGUCUUCUCACUACAAACACAGGAGUUUCACAUUUCCAAUUCUAGGCCAUUUCCAAGCAUUAUUCCCAAUAGCCCCGUGUCUGCCAGUAGAGAAAUAGUUUCCUUUUAAUAAAACGCCAAGGAAGCAGACCUCAGAACCAUCAGAGUACAGUGUUCGGGCUGGAAGAGGGGGAGGGGGGCAGUGGUUCUUCACUUCAUUUUUUUUUUUUUUAAAUAUAAAUUAUAAAUUCAUUUACUGAGUCUCUUCCAUUACUAGGGACUUGGACCUCCCUGGAUGUACAUUUGCAUAAUUUUGCAAACUGAACUAAUUAGUGAUGUGGCCAAGUAGAAUUCCUUCCUUGCCAGCGAAGUAUUGCAAAAAAUGUAUCGAUGAUGAAUAAUUUAUAAUGCAAGGUUAUUAUAAAUUUAUAUGAAUUACAGAAAGGGGAUCAGCACAGAAUAUGGAGGGGGAGGGGAUCAAAGGGGGCUAUUGUAAUAAGAAUGAAAUGUAACAGUUACUGUGUGGGGUCUCUUAUCUGCCACAUGCAAGCAGUAAAUGUAACCCUUCUCAAUGAAACAGUGGUAUACUCCUGUGUAUCCAAAAGAGUUGAUUAAAAGAGAUUCCCCUUUCAAGGGUUUUAAAUGCUCAAUGGGAAUAAUGACAAAAAUUAUUUGGAUGUUUUUACAUAAUAGAUGUACAUUUUUUAUUUUGUUUUGCAAAAAUCACAUGCACCUCAUCUUAAACCCACUGCCCCCCCACUUGCAAAAGGAAGUGAUGAGAAACGGUAAUGGAUAUGUACAUCUUUCGCAGGUGGAGUUGAACAAAAGUGAGAACUUCUGCAAAGAGACUCUUGUGAGAUCUCACUAAUUGAGGGAUGGAGGGUUUGACUUAUUCUGUGUAUAAAAAAAAAAAACUUGAAAUUAAAAAAAAUUCCACAAAGCAAACAGCUGUUACGUAUCGGCACUACUCAUUUCAUCUUAAAAACAUAGGCCGCAUCUGCCCCUUUAUUAGGCAAGAUGCUACCAAGGAGCUUGUCAAUGCUCUAGUUUCCUGCAUGGAUUAUUGUAACCCUCUCAGGAUUGGUCUUCCCAAAAGCCGUAUUGCCCCGCUACAGUCUGUAAUGAAUGCUGCCGCCAGACUGAUUUUCCUCUCUAGUCGGUCCUCUCACACCUCGCUCCUCUGUCAGUCCUUACAUUGGCUUCCUGUAUCCUAUAGUCGUCAAUUGAAAGUGCUAAUCCAUACCUAUAAAGCACUGAACAAUUCUAGCCCCUCUUAUAUAUCUUCACAGAUCCAUAGGUAUGCCCCUCCUUGUUCCCUCCGCUCUGCCCGUGACCACCUCCUGACCGCUGCUCGCACCCGUACGGCCAACUCGCGCUUGCAGGACUUCUCGCGGGUGGCUCCCUUCCUAUGGAAUAGCCUGCAUACUGCCAUCAGACUCUCCCCUAGUCUUUAAUUGUUUAAGAAAUGCCUUAAAACCCUCUUUAGGUAAGCUUAUGGCCUCUCAGAGUAAUCUCCAUUUGUUUAAAUAUACAUAGGGAUUUAGGAAAGAGCGCAGGUAACUUUUUUUUUUUUUGGUUUUUACUGUAUAUAUUUGGGCUGAUGUGUACUACGGUCGUUGCUGCUGCCCAGGAGUAAUGGGAGUUUGAGCGCAGGACUUGUUUAUUUUUUUUUUGUAUUUGUAUUCACUUUUGUAUCACACAGCUAGGUUGCAAUUCCGCUGCCCAUUCCAUGUGUUCUCUGUUAAGGGUUAAUAAGCAUGUAGGGAUGUAUAUAAAAUAUAACCCUUUCUGUCUCAUUAGAGAUAUCUUUGCCAGAAGCUCAAGGAAGCAAGGUGAAUGGUUAGUUAGGAUCCACCAAAGAGGUCUGCCUUGACGUGGCAGGUGGGCAUACCCUCUCAUGGCCAUUGGAGGUAACUGAAAACCUCCAUUUGUUUAAAUAUACAUAGGGAUGUGGAAAAGAGCGCAGGUAACUUUAAAAUUUUUAUUUUUUUGAUGAUGUUGCUUGUAUCUUUUGGUUUGUUUUGUCAAUAGUACAUCUGAGAUCGCGUCUGAAUAACAAAGAGUCCUGGGUGGAGAGUAGGGAGUAAUGGAAGAGGAGAGGAGUUUGACUAAACCUAGGAGUGAGGGGAGAAUGGAAUUGGGAUAGAGUUUACGAUACGGUGUGAGCAUUAUGGAGGUGAAGCGAUAGACGAGUAAAAAGGGGGAGUAGCAAUAUUAUCAGUGGGGAUUUGUACGUGAGAAUAACAUUUAAUAAUAGAAAUGUUGGAUUGGAAGCUGGUGAUGUUUUUGCGGAAAGGGAGAAGGCCUGGGCAGAGGCCUGUAGAGGAGGCUGUAAGUGAAUUUGCUGAACUUUGAUUAUGUAACCUUGUAAAGAAAAGGGUGGACAGGGACUUUGGUGGCAGAGGAAGUUUUUUUGUUAAAGAGAUUAAAAUGACAAAUGGGGGGGAGGGAUCCUCAAAUCUUUCCUUUUGACAGCUUUCUCCGGGUUGAGAAUAGGAGUCCCAACAACAAUUAUAUUGUACAUUUCUCUCUAGUAUUUUGGAUAAUUUCUCGUAUCAACACAGACCAAUGCAGUUAAUGAAAUAAAGUGUCUUUUAAUUGCUGAAUACUUGAUGAAUGAUGUGUGCUAUCUGUAACUAUCACUCUAUAUAUGUAAGGGGAAUUUGUAUGAAAGCGAACUGUAAAUCUCAACUGUUCUCUUUCUAAGGCACUGCCUGGCGUUUUAUCUGAGCAGCCAGAAUUUCCACUGGCAACUGGCCCAGUCAGGCGGCACUAAUGGGUAUAAACAGACAUAAUGUAUAUAUUUACAUGUAUGCGUGUUAAAUGGUGUGCUUUGCGUCAGCGUGUGGCGUGAGAUGUGCAUUGUUUUAGUCUGCAAAUUAUGUGUAAUCUUAACUUAGUUUUUUUUUUUUUUUUUUAAAGAACGCUAUAUCAUUAGGAAUACAUAUAUUGAAUUCCUAAUCCUAACGCUGUAGUGUUAUACUCGUGAUUUAGGCUAUCGGGCCUCUCAAAGAACUAAUAAAAUAAAGGGAUUUAGUCCUCCUCUAUACCCUUGUCAUUCUGGUCUCAGUGCAGCCUCCCCACUUCUGCUGGCUGAGAUAAUCAAUCGGUAUGAUCUUGGCCAAUCCAAUGUCUUCCCAUAGCAUUGGGAGACAAGUGCGCAUCUCCCCUUAGAGAUGCAAUAACGCAAUGCAUCUUUAUGGGGAGCGUUGAGUGAGUAUAUAUAUCUAUCUCAUAAAGAUGUAAGACCGUGUUUAGACUGCUAAGCCUAAUGGGCUCUUUGCCUUAGAACCACUACAGUACGCCUGUAGUGUCCCUUUAACUUCUCAUUAUAUCUGCUUCCAAUAAUUACAAACCUAACCUAAUGAAUACCCCUUUUCAACUUCUUUUAAAGGGACACUCGAAGCACCAUAACUCUUCUUAUAGUGGUUAUGGUGAUAGUGCCGCCAUUUUACUUUUCGGUUCCUAGAGUUUCAUCCUCCACGUGACCUUGUUCCUUUUUGUCAUUUUGCCUACACCGGUUUUGCCUAGAUCCUUUUUUUUUACAAAUCUUUUUUUUUUGGUUUGUUUGUUUUUUGAUUGUGAUGGAAUUUAAAUAUCCAAUGAAUAAAUGCGUAUUGCGUAAAGAUUUUAUAUCUAUGAAAUAGGUAACAGGGCUGCCUUAAUGGUACAAACGAGCCACGGUAUCACGUAGGCAUGUUGUCAUUUUCAAUCUGUUCUUGUAUUUUAUUUAGCAAUGUACCAUAUUAUUAUAUAUACACACAUAUACCACAUUCACAAUACCAAUUAGUGUUCAAAAUGUCGAUUGAUUUUUUUUAAUUUUUUUUAUUAUUAUUAUUAUUGUUUGUUUUGUGACAAAAAAAUGAUUUCAAUAAACUGGAAAGUGUCCCUACGAGUCAGACUUCUCUUAUUGGUCACUAAAUAGUGACCUGUGCUGAAAUCUCUUAAAGGAACACUAUAUUGUCAAAUAUUUACCUAUAAAUGUUAUCUGGUUGAAGUAGUCUGUUUCCGGAUUUCCACUGAACUCUGGUGGGCGGAAAUGAGGCAGGAUAUCCUGUUAACACUGAGAAGUUAAACCACACAUAUUCACUUAUCCUAUGAUCACUGCUCACAUGAAAACAUAGCAGGCACCUGACUCUCAUGAUGCCCAGCCAGCUGUCCGAAAACAGAUUUAGUUGUAUAGAUACAGUAAAUAUUCACAGUCUGACAUUAACAUUCUAUUUAACAUAUUUAUAAAUGAUCUUGAAAUAGGCAUUGAAAGCCAUGUAUCAGUGUUUGCAGAUGACACAAAACUUUGUAAAGUAAUAAAAUGUGUGCAGGAUAUUGCUUUGCUGCAGAGGGAUUUGGAUAGAUUGGGGGACUGGGCACUAAAAUUGCAAAUGAAAUUUAACGUAGAGAAAUGCAAAGUUAUGCACUUCGGGGUUAAGAAUUCACAAGCAACUUACACACUAAAUGGUAGUGAAUUCGGGAUAACCACAUACGAGAAGGAUUUGGGAAUUGUUAUAGACAGCAAAUUAGGCAACAAUAUGCAAUGUCAAUCUGCAGUUGCUAAGGCUAGUAAGGUUUUGUCAUGUAUACCUUCAGCAACAAAACAACUUUUAUGUUAAAGGCAAACUAUAGGCAUCAAAACUACUUCAAUGUAAUAAAGCAGUUUUGGUGUAUAGAUCAUGCCCCUGCAGUCUUGCUGCUCCAAUCUCUGCCAUUUAAGUGUUGAAUGACUUUUGUUUCUGUUUAUGCAGCCCUAGCCACACCUCCCCUGACUGUGACUGACACAUGGAAAGAAAAAUGUUUUUAUUUUUCAUCAGAUGUUAACAUACUUUAGAAGUUUAUAUAUCCUGCUCUGUAAAUUGAACUUUUAUCAUACACAGGAGGCUCCUAUAGGCUCUUGCAUGCUAUUAACAGAGCAGGAGUUAAGAAAGUCUAAAUUAAAUCGACUGUGUAAUAAACAAAGUUUAAACAUUAGAUCUCUCUUUACAGGAAGUGUUUAGGAAGGUCAUGUAAGUCACAUGGUGGGAGGGGUGGCUACAGCUGCAUAAACAAAGUGAUUUAACUCUUAAAUGGCAGAGAAUUGAACAGUGAGACUGCAGGAGAUGAUCUAGUCACCAAAAUCACUCUAGUAUGCUAAAGUUGUUUAAUUACUUAUAGUGUCCCUUUUACACAUUUGAUAUUAUUCUGCCAUUUUAUACAUGCACAGCUAAAUUAUUAUUUUUUAAUUUAAAAAUUGAAUACAUAAUUUUGGAGCAUAAAACUGCAAAUUAAUAUUGGCAGGAAAAAAACUUACACUUUUUAUACACAAGCCCUUUUGAAGUUCGUUGUACAACUGUUGUACAUGGUUAUAGAUCCACCCCGCUUCACACUUCCCGUCAAACUUUGAGGUUUGGUUGGUUGGAGUGUGUGUGUGGUUUUGACUUUUGUUUUGGUUUCACACUCUACUAAAACUUGCCUAGACAGAAUGUGAGAAUAUUUCAUAUGUUUACACUUUAUUGAAUAACUCUGUUUAGUUUAAUUUUAUAUAUAUAUAUAUAUAUAUAUAUAUAUUAAACCUAAAUUAAAAGCUACUUUUCCUUUUCACCUUACUGUGCCCUGUAAGUGUAGUAAAAAGCUAUUUAAUUGUUUUGCUUGUCACUCAGCAGUUACGAGCAAUUUAGCUCAACUUUUUUUUUUUAAUCACUGAGGACAAUGCUGUUUUGAUUGCUGUUUUGGCCUUUUCUGAAAAAUAGUUCUUGGAAUUUAAUUUUGACUUUGCAUUAAGGCUCAUCCACUGCAGGCGGUUGAUUACUACAAACACAGACCUCCAUCAGGUGUAUGGAUUUACUGGGCAACGCAACCAUUUCUUAAUGAAGAUGUGUUGCUUAGCAACCUGCAGCACAAUUAGCAAACACACAAAAGAAUGGAAAGGCAUACUAGGACCAUGCUUUCAGAACAUCGAGAUCUGUGAUGUCUAAAAUUCAUAUUGAUGUUUUGACUGAAUUUCCCAGGAUACAUAGCUAGUCUGAAGGCUAGCUUAGGCUCAUGGGAAAUGUAGUCCAAAAACAUCUGCAGUGACCAGGUUAGUCUUCACUGAACUAGGAUCUGUCUAGGUAAGGGGUGCCCAAGAGGUAGAUCCCUAGGCGGUUUAAAACUACAGCUUCCAUGAUGCUCUGUCAUUCUAAAGGCAUGCACAGCAUCAUGGGAGUUGUAACAUCUGGGGAUCUACUUUUUCGACAACCGUGGUCUAGAGCUUUUGGCUCUGACUGGGCCGUAGUGGAGGCAGGGAGUCGGGAAAGUAGACCCCAGGCAAAAAGCCAAUCUAUAAUUAUGUUCCUUAUUACAAUGGAGGGCUUCAGGGCACGCCUGGCACCAUAGCCACUGCAGGUGGCGGGGGGGGGGGGGUGAGAGAGAUAAUGUGUCCUGUUCCUUUAAAUAGACUUUUUUUCCCUUGUAAUACCGUUGCCGUUUCUGAUUUAAGAUCUGGGUUUGAAUUCCUGCUUCUGAGUUGCACAGACAGAUCCCGUGAUUUAGGGAUAAUCCUGCACAUUGCUCAGUGAUACAUUGUUAAUUGUUUCUUCGUAUCAGACAGGAAUAGGUUUACAUCUUAAAGGGCUCUAAGGGAAAAAUAUUUUGGUGCCUUUCUCUAACACAAUUGGUGGAUCUAAUUCUAAAACAAGAAUGCAAUAGAUGUGUGCUUGGCAAAUGCUUCUUGUGUUCUGCGCACGUCCAUGUUUUUAGAAUUAAACGACUAGUUUAGUUGUUCUACUCCAACUGUAGGAAAUACAGAAUCAUGGGAGCAGGAUCUAUGGCAUUCCCAGCUUUGUGAAUAUUUAAAAUCUAUUGUUAGUAAUGACAAGGGGGAUAUAUAUGAAAAGGAUCAUAUUCACUAUACAGUUGGUGUGAGAGGUCAUGUAUAAAAUAAACAGUGACAGAAAUAGAUUACCAAAUUAUUAUUCACAAAUUGUUUUGGAAAUAAAAUGUGUAAAACUGCACGGUUCAGAUGACCAUUCUAUAUUAAUAUGGAUCUGGCAUUAUCCGAACUGCAAGGAAAGUUGCAAUAUGAGUAUAACUGUAUAACGGCCAUACAGACGCAAGAUAGAUCAUGAUUAGUGUUGUGCAUUGCAGCAUUAUUCAUAUAUAAUCUUCAUUGAAAGAGUGGGACGUUGAUAGGUCUGUUGGUAAAUCUCAUGAAAUUGUCGUUCGCAGGAAAAUUAGGGCAAAGUUCUGAAAGUGGAGCAGUCACCAUGGAAACCAAAGGGAUGUUUCUCUCGAUUUUGAUCCAUCUCUAGCAGUAAUUUUAUAAAUCUCCCCCACAAUUAAAAACUCUUGCUUAAUUAUUAAAAACUGAUUUUAUUUUCUAUUCUUUUUUUUUUUUAAUAUUCUGGUACUGUUUAUUUGAAGAGAGUAGUAGAACACAUGUUUGUUUAGACUGAAAUCCAGAAGUAGCUGUUAACAUUUGUCAUAAUGUGCAGGAAUCGAGUUCAUCUUUUCACUGGGCACCCCGAAUUCCAGCACUUGGAAAUAUUUUGUCGGCAAUAUAACAUUUGUGAUGGUUUUACGGGAAUUGGUUUUCCUUUGGAACUUUGGAACUGUUGAACAAUCUAUACACAACCAUGAUUGCUGAUGUGCCAUAUGUCGUUGUCUUAUCAUUGCAGGAGUCCCAUUUCCAAAGAAUUUCCAGCAGGUUUGUCACAAGAUCCUCACCAGGUUGUUCCGGGUUUUUGUUCAUGUCUACAUCCAUCACUUUGACGGAAUUAUUAGCGUGGGAGCAGAGGCGCACGUCAACACCUGCUACAAACACUUUUAUUAUUUCAUUACAGAGUUCAGUCUUAUCGACCAUCGAGAGCUUGAACCGCUGGUAAGAGAGGGAAUGGGUAACAGUCUCCAUAUUGAUUAAGGCAAGAAAGUGAGGCAAAGGGCAGGGGGGCCGAGCAUCUCUGUUUAUUACACUGUAUAGUUCGCUCUCAUGGUGACCCAUGUCUGUGUUCUUUUAUUCCAGGUGAAUGUUGUCUUUUUAUGCCAUUCUUAAAAGAGCUUAAACUAUAUUACAGGAUAUCGUAUGAAAUACUAUUGUGAAUCCAAGAAUAAAAGUUUAAUUAUUGGCCAAAGUUUAAAGGGAAACUAUUGUGCCAGGAAAACAAACUUAGGAUUUGUCCAUAGGAAAGCAAAACAGCCCAGACGUCACUCUAGUGGAAAUCCCACAAGAGGAGGAGAUAACCCUAGCAGGAAUUAUUGCAGUUUAUCAUAAACUGCAAUAAUGACCUGCCAUGGGUUAAGGGACCUGGGGCAAUGCAACCAGACCACUUCAAUGAGGUGAAGUGGUCUGGGUGCCUAGAGUGUCCGUUUAAAACAUUGGUUUAGUCACUAAAUAUUUUAGGUCACAAAAGUUAAGCUGGAAAAGUAGCUUUGUUGGAGAAGAUUUCCACUUUUACCAUUUAAGUGUCAAAAUGACAAUUCAAGUCCGUUCUUCACAAUUUCAGAUUUGGUUUAUAGUGUCUGUUCAGGACUAUAUCCCUUUACGUGAUCUGAAAAAUCGUGGCUCCUGCCCUCAUAGGCAAUACAUUGGAAGUAUGUUUGUGGGAAAUCCCGAUGCAUAUUUUAGUUCUUUAACUUUUGUUGUACUUCUAGUGAGAUGAGAAUAUGCAUGUUGCCUUUAUCUUGGCUUACAGUCUCUAUGGUGGGCCGUGUCCUUUCUCUUUCACCCUGACCUUGUAGUGGAGCUGUUGGAGGAAGACUAAUGCUGUGUUGUAUAUGAACUGGUUGCUCACCGCGAUUACGCUGGUUGGGAUUGUAGAGUUUGCCUUGUUAACCACUGCUUGCAUACUGGUAGCAGUUGUCCAGUGAUCUUAGGUAGACUUAUCCAGUUGCCAAGGACUGCAAGCUUCUCUAUGAUUAUCUAUCUUAUAUCUGCUGUUAUGACAUCUUGGGUCGCAGAUGUAGGUUGAAAAACAUCUGUAGAUAUACAAGGUCUGUCCAGAAAGUAUCCAGCCAUUGUUAAUAUAAUGAGAAUGUUUUGCGCAACAUCGAUGUAACCUGGCAGCCAAGGAGAAUGGACUGGAAUGCGCAUGCAUGACUACUUUACUGUACUAGUCAAUGGGGGUGCUAGACGUCGUUGAGUGAGUAUGUGUACUAUGUGGUCAUCACAUUGAAAAUAACUGAGCAAGUAGAGCAACAAAUCUGCAUUAAAUUUUGCGUUAAGUUUGAACAUUCCUCCGGAAACUAUUUGGAUGAUUCAGAAGGCUUUUGGGGAUGAUGCAAAGCAUGCAGUGUACAACAACUAGACCCCCUACAUCCCAAAUUUGGCAUCCUGCAACUUCUGGCUUUUCCCAAAACUAAAAUCACCUUUUGAAAGGGAAGAUAUUUCAGACCAUCGAUGAGAUUCAGGUAAAUACGACAAGGCAACUAAUGUAGAUUUUGCUUAGUGCUUUGAACAGUGGAAGAGAAGACUCUGGGAGAACUAUGUGAGGUCCCAACUUACUUUGAAGGGACCGAGGUGUCAUUGUCCUACGUACAAUGUUUCUUUUGUCUUGUAUCUUGAUCAAUGUCUCAAUUUUUCAUUUUAAAUGGCUGGUCACUUUCCGGACAGACCUCGUAGGCAGGGCAGGCCUUAGGGGUGUGCUAGCUUUGCCACCACAGUGGAGGGGCAGACCAGCUUCAGAUCAGCAUGGAAACAGGAAAGGAGGAAUGAAUAUUUGUUUUUAAAUCAUUAUUAUUUUAAUAAAUCCGCUAUAGAAUCACUUCACUCCUAUACACACACACUAUACAUGAAUGACGGGGGGCGUUGUGAAGAUUUUUCACACAGGGCGCCUAAGGCCGGCCCUGCUCGUAGGUUUUGGAAUAGCUUCUAACUCAUGACUGUUAUAUGAUUUCUGUAGUCAUUCUAAUUCCAAUUGUGACAUUAGCUUGACCAUGUUGAAACACUCUUUUGGUGUUAAUGUAGAUGAAGGUCUCUCUUAUUCAAUCAUAGUUCCCACAUACAUUUAUUGUAGCCCGUCACAUUGGGUCUGCUGUUGUAGAAACACUCAAGCAGGUGAAGGUUCCAACUUUGGAAUAGUUUGUUCUAGUAGCCCUUUUGUCUUCAGAUUGUCCUAGCAUCAGGGCCCACCACAGAUCAGAAUCCUUUCCAAAAAUAUGUGAAAUUAUAUGUAAAUGUUUGUGUGUGCAUCGAUCUCAGGCACACGUGGGUUAUCUAUUUAUUUUUGAAGGAAUGAAAGCGGCAAUGCAGGCUGAUCCCCAGAGAGGAAUUACCUGGCCUGCAGCCUUGAGGUGUCCAUUUGUAUGCGCUGUGUAUGAAAGUGAAUUUGAAUUCCACUCCCAGGAUUUCUGAAUAAUAAAGAUUUGUCAUUUUCCAUUAUUGGUGAAAUUGCUACACUCUGCUCUGUGCAGUUGAGACUUGGAGAUGGUCCUAUAAAAGUGACAUAAUGUCUGAGUAUUCUGGGCUGAUGAGGAUAACAAUGAAAAAGAACGGUCAUGAUUCAGAAGGUGCACACUGCAAUUUUAAUCAAUCUCAAUAGGAAACAUUUUGUGUUAUUUAUAUCCGAGUAGACGGAAUGUCUCAGUUGGAUUUCUUAUAUUAAGACGGCAAUGUUUAGAAGCUUAGUUUCCCAUGAUGCUCAGUUAGUCUAAAUGCAAGCUGGGAAUGCUGGGAAAUAGUGGCGGAACUUAAAGAGGGCCCUGGUGCAAGAAAUAUAUACAUUUUUUUUUUUUUUUUGUCCCCCUAUCGCAAGGAUGGGGAAUAAAGGAAUAUCCCCAUCUGUAGUACAACACCCACAAUGCUUUGCCAGCUGGGGAUCUGCCAGGGGUGUAUUUAGCACUGAGCAGUGUUUGUGUGUUUGAAUGUAAGCAUGUUUUUUGUAUAGAGCGUGUGUGUGUGUGUGUGUGUGUGUGUGUGAAUGUUGGAGUGUAUUUCUAUGUAGUGCUGUGUGGUUUUAUGUAUGUACUGUUGCCAUUUAAAAGCUGUGGUUUACUAGUGUGUAGUGCUUGUCUUUGAAUGUAGGGGUGUGUCUGUAUGUGGUGUUGUCGUUUGAAUGCAGAGGUGUGAUUGUGUGUAGUGUUGGAGUUUGAAUGCUGAGAUGUAUGCACAUAUACACUGCCACACAUAAACUGGUGCACAUGCAAACACACACUCAAUGACACUCAUACAGAUAUACAUGGGCAUACACAGACACAAAUAGAGACACUUGCAAAAUGUACACGUUUUAAGCCACCCCCCUGUUUCCUACCUUUUGAGUGCAGCAGGGUGGCUUCCUUGAGGUACAGUAGGAUGCUCUCCCAUUCCACACCCCUCCUCUAUGCCAUUUCCUCCUGCAUGGCUCUGUGUUAUCUGAAGAAAUGACCAGUUGUCACUCCCUCUCAGUGCUGCUGAGAUUACAGAAGCCCUGUUGCACUGUUAAAGGGUCACAGUGCAAAACCAGGCCCCUGGAAUAAUUUUUCCAUCGGGUCGCCCUACUUGCAUAGUCCACCCAAUGUGCCUCCUGAACAUGCGGGCCCUGCUGCAGCCGCACUGGGAAAUAUAGUAUAUAAUACAAGGUACCAUUACAUUUCCCUACAUCCUAGCCCAGCCAGAACACUGCAAUUAAAGUUGACGAAACCCACUGCUUCCCUGAUAUCGAAUACCAGUAAACUGAAUGUUCACAUGGAUUAAGCCAGCAUAGUGGCCAGGUCCUGUAUAGGCACACAAUCGCUGACUCCUCAAUGCACAAUAGGAUGACCUCUCAAGGCUAGAAAUUCAAAACAUGGUUUCAAAGCCCAACACUCCAAAGAGAAAAGUAAAAAGAUGGACUGCAGUUAAAACGUGUUUAUUAUCCAUAGAUUUGUAAAGCGCUGCAGAAUUUGUUGGCGCUUUAAAAUAAUAAUCAUUAUCCAAACAACGGAAGAGGUUUCUGCUCUCCUCCCGUCCUCUCGCCCCAUCACCUGUUCCCCCGAUCCUAUUCCCUCAUAUCUCAGCUGCACUCUGUCUCCCUCUCCUGCUCUUCCUCUCACUAAAAUUUUCAAUCUCACUUUCCUCCGGCACACUUCUUUCACCCUUCAAGCAUGCAACCAUAACUGCGAUUCUGAAAAAGCCCAACCUUGACCCCAAUUCCCCAUCCAACUACCGCCCUAUAUCGCUACUGCCAUUUGCCUCCAAGAUCCUUGAGAGAGCUGUGUCUGCGAGCUUGACAGACUUUCUCGAAUCCAACUCUCUGCUAGACCCACUUCAGUCUGGAUUCCACGCUCGUCACUCUGUUGAAACAGCUGUGACAAAAGUAUCCAACUAGUUAAUCGCUGCUAAAUCUCGCAGCCAUUACUCUAUCCUAAUUCUUCUUGAUCUUUCUGCUGCCUUUCACACUGUUGAUCAUUAACAGCUUCUUCUCAUUCUCUGUAAUCUCGGUCUACAGGAUACUGCUCUCUCCUGGUGCUCCACCUACCUCUCCCAGCGCUUUUUCAGUGUUUCUUUCUCUGGCUCUGCCUCUUCUCCCCAACUCCUCUCUGUUGGAGUUCCCCAAGGUUCUGUCCUUGGUCCCCUACUGUUUUCUAUCUUUACUGCCUCCCUUGGUAAACUCAUCAGCUUCUUUGACUUCCAUUAUCAUUUAUAUGCACAACUAUGUUGCAUAUAGGGAUCAACUGUAGAAAUAUAUAAAACAGAAGAGUUCCAAUUUCAGUCUUAAUGUGGGAGUUUUCAAAUGUCCAUAGCGAUUUUUGAUAGUUGUGACAGUAAGCUUUGUCUUUAUAUGUAUCCAACAGUAUAAAGUGGUGAAACUUAUUUCUAAGGUUCACAAUAAAACAUUGGUAUCUUGAGAAAGCUCGUUGGAACGAGCGAAACACGUAGAUCGUGUUUUUGGCGGGAUUUUUGAAUUUGGAGUGUGUACAGCAGUACCGGUUAUUUGGCGUUUCGUGAGGACUGAUCCGUGUGCACAGGACCGGUCCAGAAUUGAAUACCAACGGAGCGGUAACCAUUUAUCCACCAACCAAUACUCUGUAUUACCAAUGUUUUAUUGUGAACCUUAGAAAUAAGUUUCACCACUUUAUACUGUUGGAUACAUAUAAAGACAAAGCUUACUGUCACAACUAUCAAAAAUCGCUACGGACAUUUGAAAACUCCCACAUUAAGACUGAAAUUGGAACUCUUCUGUUUUAUAUAUUUCUACAGUUGAUCCCUAUAUGCAACAUAGGGGUAUAUUAACUAAGCGCUGAUACUGUUUUUUAUUUUUAUUUGUGUCAUAUAUGAUGUUUUAAAACUUGGGAAGGUUUUUGAAGUAUUUAGCAGCCUUAUGUAUUAAUUGUCUCUUGUGGAUGAAUUAUAUUUGGAGCAUUGGCGGAGAAAGUCCACUAUAUUAUAAGAAAUUUGCGCUCUCUGUAAACUUGCUUUUUUAUCAUUUAUAUGCAGAUGACACAUAAAUCUACCUGUCCUCUUCUGAUCUCUCUCUGCCCAUCUUGACUCGUGUCUCUGACUGCCUCUCUGCGAUUUCCAACUGGAUGGCUGCUCACUUCCUUAAACUCAACCUGUCCAAAAGACAACUUUCAUCCCUCAAGAGGUGCUAUUCCCAUGUUUCUCCCUCCAAGUCAACGGCGCCACCAUCACCUCUACCUCACAGGCUCGUUACCUAGGUGUUCUCUUUGACUCUGACCUCUCCUUCACUUCUCAUGUCCAGUCGAUCGCCAAAUCCUGCUGCUUCCAUUUCAAAAACAUCGCUCGCAUCCGCCCUUGUUUAACACCAGACGUGGCUAACUUGCUGGUCCAUGCCGUUGUUCUUUCUCGCCUUGACUACUGCAAUCCCCUCCUUAGUGGUCUUACGUGUUCCCAGAUUGCACCGCUGCAAUCUAUAAUGAAUUGUGGCGGCAAGGCUCAUUUUCCUGUUUGCCCGCACCUCCCCCCUCUGUCAGUCUCUACAUUGGCUUCCUGUUAGAUAUAGGGCUCAAGUUAAGAUACUGGUGCCUGCUUACAAGUCCCUACAUAAUGCUGCUCCAACUUACCUAUCCUCCCUAAUCAGGGGCGUAUUAGCCGCGAGGCAAACAAGGCAUUUGCCUUGGGCGGCAUUUUUCAGGGGGCGGCAAAAAAGCCGCCCCCCAAAUGCCCAGGGCAAAUGCCUAGUUAGCCUCGCGGCUAACAGACAUGCCGAGCGGGCAGCGCUGGGCGGGCAGGCGGCCGGCGAGGGAGCUCUUCCCCUGAGCGGUCUGCUCAGCUCCCUCGCGCGCCGCCAGCAGAGUGAGCCCGGGAGCCGGAAUAUGACGUCAUCUUCCGGCUCCCAGCCUCACUCUGCUGGUGGCGCGCGAGGGAGCUGAGCAGACCGGUCAGGGGAAGAGCUCCCUUGCCGCAGCCAUUGGACCCCAGGACCCCAGGGAGAGGAAGAACCCCCCCAGCAUUCCCAAAGGUAAGGAGGCUGGGGGGGUUAAAUAAAAAAAAAAACAACCCACAAGUGAGUGUGUUAGUGUGUGUAUGUUAGUGUGUGUGUGUGUGUGUGUGUGGAUGUUAAUGUGUGUAUCUGUUAGUGUGUGUGUGUGUGUCUGUGUGUGUGUUUGCCUGUUAGUGUGUGUUUGUUAGUGUGUGUGUGUGCGCUUGCCUGUUAGUGUGUGUCUGUUAGUGAGUGUGUGUUUCUGUUAGCUAGUGAAUGCGUAUAUGUCAGUGAAUGUGUGUGUGUGUAUUUAGAAGGCGGAGCAGGGGGGAAGGGUUGGGUGGCGGUUGCGCGGGUGGGGGUAACGCGGGGGGGUGCCUGAGUUUUGUCCUGCCUAGGGCAGCACAAAACCAGGAUACACCACUGUCCCUAAUACACAAAUAUGUCCCGUCGAGGCCCCUGUGCUCUGUCGAAGACCUACACCUAUCCUCUGUCCAUACUCCCACAUCUGAUGCUCGCCUCUAAGACUUCUCCAGGGCUGCACCUUUUCUGUGGAACUCCCUUCCAGUCUCCACUACUUCAAAAAAAUCUUUGAAAACACACAUUAAGGAAAGCAUAUCAAUUAAACUGUUAGCAGGUUUUCAUUCCCCCCCACCCCUGCUACACCUGCCCCCCCCGAUGACUCCUCUCCUGCAACUGUAAAAAAAUAUCAAGUUCUCAGUCUUGACUUUUAUAGCAACCUAUUUCAUUACACCUACUUAUACCCUUUGUGUAACUAUACCCCACUCCCUCUAGCAUGUAAGCUCACUGAGCAGGGCCUCAAUCCCUCUGUUACUGUGUCACUAUACCCAACUCCCUCUAGCAUGUAAACUCACUGAGCAGGGCCUCAAUCCCUCUGUUACUGUGUCACUAUACCCCACUCCCUCUAACAUGUAAACUCACUGAGCAGGGCCCUCAAUCCCUCUGUUACUGUGUCACUAUACCCCACUCCCUCUAACAUGUAAACUCACUGAGCAGGCCCUCAAUCCCUCUGUUACUGUGUCACUAUACCCCACUCCCUCUAACAUGUAAACUCACUGAGCAGGACCCUCAAUCCCUCUGUUACUGUGUCACUAUACCCCACUCCCUCUAACAUGUAAACUCACUGAGCAGGCCUCAAUCCCUCUGUUACUGUGUCACUAUACCCCACUCCCUCUAACAUGUAAACUCACUGAGCAGGCCCUCAAUCCCUCUGUUACUGUGUCACUAUACCCCCACUCCCUCUAACGUAGCAACCUCACUGAGCAGGGCCCUUAAUCCCUCUGUUACUGUGUCACUAUACACUCCCUCUAACAUGUAAACUCACUGAGCAGGGCCUCCAAUCCCUCUGUUACUGUGUCACUAUACCCCUCCCUCCUAACAUGUAAACUCACUGAGCAGGACCCUCAAUCCCUCUGUUACUGUGUCACCUCCCUCUAUGUAAACUGGCCCAGGGCCCUCAAUCCCUCUGUUACUGUGUCCCUAUACCUCCUUCUAACCUGUAAACUCACUAGGCAGGCCCUCAAUCCCUCUGUUACUUGUCCACUAUACCCCACUCCCUCUAACCUUGUAAAAGGCUCACUGGAGCAGCCCCUCAAUCCCUCUGUUACUGUGUCACUAUACCCCACUCCCUCUAACAUGUAAACUCACUGAGCAGGCCCUCAAUCCCUCUGUUACUGUGUCACUAUACCCCACUCCCUCUAACAUGUAAACUCACUGAGCAGGACCCUCAGUCCCUCUGUUACUGUGUCACUAUACCCCACUCCCUCUAACAUGUAAACUCACUGAGCAGGCCCUCAACCCCUCUAUUACUGUCACUAUACCCCCUCCCUCUAACAUGUAAACUCACUGAGCAGGCCCUCAAUCCCUCUGUUACUGUGUCACUAUACCCCACUCCCUCUAGCAUGUAACCUCACUGAGCAGGACCCUCAAUCCCUCUGUUACUGUGUCACUAUACCCCACUCCCUCUAACAUGUAAACUCACUGAGCAGGACCCUCAAUCAGGGCCGGACUGGGAGAAAAAUUCGGCCCGGGCAUUUUUUUAACACAGCGGCCCACUAAAAAGGGGGCGGGGCAGAGGAGGUGUGUUUUGUCACCAAUGACAGACACGCCUCCUCUCAAAGUGAGCAUGUUGGUUCAAUGCUCUUCCAGGGCAGACCAUACGCAGAGCUCUGCUGAAGAGCUCUAGCAUGAGAAAAAAGUCCUGUAUUUGUUUUGCACAGUGCAAGCAAAUUUAAUAACAUGCUUGCACUGUGUUUCCUUGCAACUUGUCUCUGGUGUCUCUAUAAAUGGAUACCAGGAGACAAAUGGGUCAGGAAAGAGUAUUGUGCAUGUGUUUUGGAGCCUGCUUGGGGUAUUGCGUGUGUGCAGAGUGAGCUGGUCGUGGUGUGGUAUUGUGUAAUAAGGUCGGUUUUAGUCGUGUUGUGUUUGUGGUGUAAUGUAAUGCAUAUGUGGCUAUGGGCUGUAGAGAAUGUGUGUAUUGGGGAUAUAGCAAGUGUGUGCAUACAGGCUAUAGUGUGUGUGUGUUUAGGGGUGUAGAAUGUGUUUGCUUACAAGGAAUCUAGUGUGUGUAUAGGGGAUCCAGAGUGUGUAUGUUAAAGGACCACUAUAGUACCAGGAAAACAUACUCAUUUUCCUGGCACUAUAGUGCCCUGAGGGUGCCCCCACCCUCAGGGACCCCCUCCCGCCCGGCUCUGGAAAGGGGUUAAAACUUACCUUUUUCCAGCGCCGGGCGGGGAGCUCUCCUCCUCCGAUCCGCCCCGUCGGCUGAAUGCGCACGCGCGGCAAGAGCUGCGCGCGCAUUCACCCGGUCGUAUAGGAAAGCAUUUAUAAUGCUUUCCUAUGGACGCUUGCGUGCUCUCACUGUGAUUUUCACAGUGAAAAGCACGCAAGCACCACUAGCGGCUGUCAAUGAACAGCUGCUAGAGGCUUUGGGGGAAGGCUUAACCCAUUGAUAAACAUAGCAGUUUCUCUGAAACUGCUAUGUUUAUAAAACAAUGGGUUAAACCUAGAAGGACCUGGCACCAAGACCACUUCAUUAAGCUGAAGUGGUCUGGGUGGCUAGAGUGGUCCUUUAAGAGUGUAGUGUGUGCGUGUAUACAUAUAUAUAUAUAUAUAUAUAUAUAUAUAUAUAUAUUUGGAAGUAUUGUGUAUGUUUGUGGUGCAGUGUGUUGGGGGGUUCUGUGUGUAUGUGAGGGGUGCAGUAUGUGUGUGUGAUGGGUGUGAGAGUGCCGUGUGUGAGUGAUGGGUGUGAGAGUGCCGUGUGUGAGUGAAGGGUGUGAGAAUGCUGUGUGUGAGUGAUGGAUGGGAGAAUGCCGUGUGUGAGUGAUGGGUGUGAGAAUGCUGUGUGUGAGUGAUGGGUGUGAGUGUGCUGUGUGAGAUGGGUAUGUGAGAUGGGUGUGAGAUUGCUGUGUGUGUGUGAGUGCUCUGUGAGAGUGAUGGGUGUGAGAGUGCUGUGAGAGAAUGCUGUGUGUGAUGGGUGUGAGAGUGCUGUGUGUGAUGGGUGUGAGAGUGUUGUGUGUGUGUGAGUGCUCUGUGAGAGUGCUGUGAGUGUGAUGGGUGUGAGAGUGCUGUGUGUGGGAGUGCUGUGUGUGAGGUGCUGUGUGUGAUGGGUGUGAGAGUGCUGUGUGUGAGAGUGCUGUGUGUGAUGGGUGUGAGAGUGCUGUGUGUGAUGGGUGUGAGAGUGCUGUGUGAGAGAGAGUGCUGUGUGUGAUGGGUGUGAGAGUGCUGUAUAAAUGUUAUUGUGUGUAUGUAGGGGGGGUAAAUAAUAAAAAAAAAACAGGUAUUAUUCCCCCCCUCCCUUCUUACCUUUAGCCUGGGAGGGGGGGACCGGCACGCUGGGACUGGAGGCGGGGAGGCAGUGUUCCCUGGUGGUCCUCGUGGGUGAGUGAACUCCUCGCGAGAUCCGGUCGUUGCCAUGGCAACGCGUCGGAUCUCGCGAGAGGAUCCCGGCGGAGCCGCAAAUUAGAGCUCCGCCGGGUCCUCUCUCCAGCCUGGCUGGCUCCCUCCCUCCCUCCCUCCCCUCUCUCCCCGCCGGCGGCCGCAUGUGGGCCGGUCAGGGAGAUCUUUGAUCUCCCCACCGGCCCGUCGUGGCAAACAGCGGGGCCGGCGCUAGGAGAGUGCCGGCCCUGCAUAGACCGGCAGGGGAGAUCCUGGGACCUCCCUGCCGGCCUCGGCCCCACGGCCACCGCGGCCCACCGGGCAUUUGCCCGGUGUGCCCGAUGGCCAGUCCGGGCCUGCCCUCAAUCCCUCUGUUACUGUGUCACUAUACCCCACUCCCUCUAACAUGUAAACUCACUGAGCAGGGCCCUCAAUCCCUCUGUUACUGUGUCACUAUACCCCACUUCCUCUAGUAUGUAAACUAACUGAGCAGGCCCUCAAUCCCUCUGUUACUGUGUCCCUAUACCCCACUCCCUCUAACAUGUAAGCUCACUGAGCAGUGCCCUCAACUCCUCUGUUCCUGUAGGUCCAGUUGUCUGGUUACGAUUAAAUGCCUGUUAGUCCACCCGUUGUACAGCACUACAUAUUUUGCUGGCACUAUAUAAAUAAUAAUAAUUGUGGCAUUAUCAAUUUUAAUUUUUGUUCAUUUAUUUAUUUUCCUUGUGCUGCUGUACUUUCCUCCCAUUGUGUUUAUCUAGAAAUGCUAAGUGCAUUUUUACAAUGUUGCAGAUCUGGAUCCAUAUGGGUUGCUUGCAAGCAGCUAUUCUUGGAAAACAUACUUUGGCAAGCACACGCAGGCACCAUCCAGUGUCCAUUCUGCUAUUGGCUUGUUUAUCAUAGAUCAUGCGAUAACGCUGCAUAACUCACACAUGUAUCUACAGGGCUCCCUGGAAGGAUUACAUCAUUAAGCUCCUAUCAAUAACAACCAAAGUCACAGGAUGAUUAAUACUUUCAUAUGCGUGAAAGUGUUUAUUUAGACACAGAAAUACACAUGUGAUAAAUGCACGUAAUGUCCUUGUCAUUAACUAAAUCCCUAACGCUCAGAGCCACAAUGUCACAUGUACAGCUUUAGAGGAAACAGAAGCAGAAAAAAAUAUCUUAAAUGUCCUAGUUUAGUAUUCUAAGCAAAUCGACAUAACCUCUUUACUUAUAUACAGGAUAAGGCAUGCCACUAAAAAAACAAGAGGUACAAACGGAUACAUAGUUUACCCCACCUAUGGCAGCUUUCAGCAUGUUCUGCACUAUUAAUACUUCUAUAAAAAACAUCUGUUUCUGUUAAAAUCUUAUCCAGGCAUGCCUAUGUGUAAUUUUGUGAGAACGCGUAAGAAGUGGUUGAGGAUUCCAUGAUUAAAGAAAAGGUCAUGUUGCACUCUGUGCAUCAGAUAUGUUUAUAUUCUCCCCUAUAUGUUUCCCUAAAUAUGACAUGUUCUUACAGAAGAGAACAUGCAAUGGGGUGGGGGAGGGGGGUCUGAUAGGCUUGCUAGAACCAUUGACAUGAUGUUGAAAGCAGUGUUUUCAUGAAAGCGAGAAUUACUAGAGAUUGGGUGUGGAAUAUUUAUAUAGAGAAUGCAGAAACCUGAAUAAAUAUUGCUCUUACAACAAAGCGUAGAAGGUAUCCCCGACAUCAAUAGCCUUGUAGUGGGUGACGUAAAGUCUUAUACUGGAACUAAUAAUUCAUAGAAUGUACAUAAAGUUGUCCUGAAUAAAACAGGUAGAAUAAGUCCGGAAAUGGUUUUAUUACUAGGUAGGAAGACGUGGGUGUGUGCAUGCGUGUGAUUUAUUAGACAAACAAACCUGCUGAAACUUGAGUGAAGAAUUAAAAAAAAAUCUACAGACUCUUUUUAUUUUCAAUUUUUUUUAAAUGUAUUUAUUGACUUUGGUCUUUCUUAAUUUUUAGAAGGAAAUGACAGAGAGAAUCUGCCACUGACCUAUUGAUCGGCGCUAAUUUUACCACUUGGUGGACAAUACUCCGAUAUCAUGUUGAACAAUUAAUGCGAAAUUGGAAUCUUUCAAGAGCCCUUCCAAUCAAUGUGAAUUCCUAAAUUUCAACCAAGAACCAAAAUCCGUGCCUAGUCCUCGAUUCACAAGUGCAUCCAGCAACAGCGGGAAAAAGGAGAACUAUAUUUAUUUAUUUAUUCCAAAAAAAGUCUAAAAAAAACCCGUGGUGGUCAUGUUCCUUCCCUGGGAAUAGGAGACUUGGAAUGUCCGAAGUGAAUGUUUUUUGGUGACUACCGAAGUCCUGCGGAUGAUGGACAAUGUACUCUAAACCCGUUUUGAUUAUGUGCCUUAAAACUUUGUAAGAAUCUACUACGAUGAUGGACAUCCCUAGCGAAGCCUUAGAAUUGUCUCUUGUUUACUUGUGUCUUUACAGAGGUGGAAAAUGUGUAAAUCUUAAAGUGUAUAUAAACUUUCUCAAUAUACUUUCAAUUCCUGAAAAAUUUGGCAUUUUAAACAAGCUGAAAAUUAUGGACCAAUUUACUGGGAUAAAAACUGAACAGUUGAACUGUCUUUGCUUUUUAUUUCAUGAUAUCUGGACCAGUUUUAACUCAAAAAGCAGUAUCUAGAGGUAAAAUGACCCUAGAACGCAUCUCACUGGUUUGAGUUAAUUGUGAGUUAAUGAGCCAAUUAUCUAUGUCUGUCUGUUUUUGUAAAAUUGUUUUCAUAUGUUAUUUUACAGGAACACUGUGUUUGUUACAAUUAACCUGAAAACAUCAUAUUUUGUAUAUGUUUUCACACAAGAAACAGAAAUUACGGUUUGUCUUCGUUUUUUUUUUUUUAUUUCCCUCUCCAUCCUCUCUAUUGUGGGUGAACCGGGGAAAGUGAGCUCCUGUAAGCAGUGCGAAUCAGGCUGCUGCCACUGAUCCAAACAGUUAGACCGACCAACUGCUGUCUGUAGAGCACUCAGGAAAUACAUUAGGGGUUUAUCUAUUACACAAAAAAAUGUGGGAACUUAAAAGGAUAUACCAAAUUGUACGUUGCAGGACUUCAAUAGUCUGGCCUAAAAUGUACAAUUCUUUGUUGGUUCUGUUCAUAUCUUCGUUUAGUGAAGAGCCCUAAGCAGAGUUUAAUCGAUUCCUAAAACCAUAAUGGAACACUAUAUAGGGUUUAUAAAAAGCUGCAAUAACUAGCUUUCCAGGGUUAAGGGACCUGGUACACUGCACCAAGACCACUUCAACGAGCUGGCUAUAGUCUGCCUUUAAAUGAACACUAUAGAGUAAGGAACACAUAUGUAUUCCUGACCCUAUAGUGUUAAAAACACCAUCUACCCCCCUCCCCCCCGGCCUCAUCCCUGCCUCCCUAAAUAUAGUAAAAUAUUACUUUUAUUGUAGUCUGCUGCUGCUGGCUCUGCGCCUGAUCUGCCUGCUUGGCUGACAUCAUCAUCAGAAGUGAUCUCAGCCAAUCACAAUGCAUUCCCAUAGGAUGUGCUGAGACUGUUAAAGGAGGCAGAUCAGGGGCAGAGACAGUAAAAGGCAAACACAACCCUGGCCAAUCAGCAUCUCCUCGUAGAGAUGCAUUGAAUCAAUGAAUCUCUGAGAAAAGUUCAGUAUUUGCAUGCAGAGGGUGGAGACACUAAAUGUCAGUCACACUGUGCAGCACUGCCCCAGGAAACACAUCUAGCAGCCAUCUGAGGAGUGGCCAGUGGAGACUGUAAUGUAAACACUGCAUUUUCACAAACACAAUGUUUACACACAAAAAACUGAAGGGAAUGAUUAUAUUAACCAGAACAAAUACAUUAAAGGACCACUAUAGGCACCCAGACCACUUCAGCUUAAUGAGGUGGUCUGGGUGCCAGGUCCAGCUAGGGUUAACCCUUUUUUCUAUAACCAUAGCAGUUUCAGAGAAGCUGCUAUUGGCAGCCGCUAGAGGCGCUUGCGUGCGUCUCAAUGUGAAAAUCAGAGUGAGAAGACGCCAGCGUCCAUAGGAAAGCAUUGAUAAUGCUUUCCUAUGAGACUGGCUGAAUGCGAGCGCGGCUCUUGCUGUGCAUGCGCAUUAAUCCGAGGAGGAGGAAGAGAGUUCCCGCCCGGCGCUGGAGAAAGAGGUAAGUUUAACCCCUUCCUCACCCUAGAGCCCGGCGGGAGGGGGACCCUGAGGGUGGGGGCACCCUCAGGGCACUAUAGUGCCAGGAAAAUGAGUAUGUUUUCCUGGCACUAUAGUGGUCCUUUAAGCUGUAGUUAUUCUGGUGACUAUAGUGUCCCUUUAAUAUAUUUGAAAGCACAUAGCUAUAACCAUUAUAGCCUUACAGGGCAGAAUAUGUUAUGGGAACCUGUAUUACUAACAUUAUAGUGCCCCUAUCCUAUCUUUCCUAUAAAUGUAACAAAAUAAAAGCAUUUUAUUCCCUUUUUCCAGUGCUGAGACUCCCUCUGUGCUGCUUGCCUUUUUGCCUUCUGUGACAUCAUUGAGAAUGUAUGAUCUCCUCUGGUGUCCAAUCCAAUGCUCCUCUUAGAGAAGCAUUGGCGACCUGAUGUGCAUGCGCCUCAAGCACUGUGCAUGCAUCCGAAGUUUCAGAGGAAAGUAUUUAAUUUUGGGCUUUCCUAGAACUUUGAAUGUCAUGUGACUGACUUUGACUCUGUCAGUGCGAUGGAAGCACCUCUAGUGGCUGUCAGGAAGACGAUCAAUAGAGGUGGAUUUACCCUGCAAUGUAAACAUUGGUUUGUUUGUUUUUGUUUUUUUAGAGACUGCAAUUUGCAAUGUUUUACAUUGCAGGGAUAAACUGACAGAAUCACUGCAACUACAGUGGUCCUUUAAUAUUCACCAUCGUUCUUCUUUAAAAUAACAAACCAAGGUUUCCUACACUGCUCGAACAAGCAUCUUUUCUGUAGGUUAAUACUGCCUGAGGAUGGUGAGAUUUGUAGUACAACCUCACGCACUAGAAUUUUCACUAAAUUGUGAAUUAUGUGAAAUUCAAAGUGAAUUUUAAAAAUAUUAAUAAUUUGAUCGGAAUCUGCUAACUUAGAUAAUAUGGUUAGUCUACAUUAUAUCAAGUAUGCAAAUUCUUUAAAGUAAUUAAAGUACAUGAAUCCAGCUAUUUUGGUCCAAAAUAUUAUAUUCACUUUGAAUUCCCAACAUAUCACACUUUGAUGAAUAACUAUCAAUGGACUGCGUGUCAGGUAAAUCUGGUAAAUUUUAGCUGUAAUUCUACCCUGUGAUACUAUGAGGUUGUUUUAAAGGCUUGCAAACUUGGUGGAUAAUUAAG